UCGUGCUCGUGUUUGCAGCCUGUUGUGAGCGCGUGGUCGCCCGGACAGUCCGUAGUCGUUGUCGCAGUCUCCGAGUCGGCCCGAGGCGUCUGUUGUGUCGGUUUUUCGCGCGCGCAAAGGUUUAUCCGCGCCACGCACCGUGCACGAUAUCAAUUUCGUUUUGGAUACGCCGACGCGUUUAGCGAACGCGCCUACGUUUUCAUAUUGCUCCCCGCGUCCGUCGUUUUCUCCCCUCGGAUAUAUUAUGGCCAGCACGUCUUCGGGCCCGUGGUCGCCGUCGACCAGCCAAAGUAAGUACCUACCUACCUACCUACUUACCUAGAUACCCGUAGCGUUGGUUUUACAGGACGUAUAUACGCCGCAGAGUCAUAUUCCGCCGUGUCGGUAAUCUGCGCGAGCCCGAAUUUAUUACUAUUGUAUUGGGGCUGUGCCGCGGUUUAGCGUCCCUCCCCGGAAAUUUCGAAUAAUGUAUACGUUAUUACACUGUUACGAAAAACUGCGGAUUCUCAUACGGGGUUCCUGCCUCUCCCCACACGCGGGUUAAAAUAAACACUAUUCGCCCCCGUACGAUCCGCGUGCGUGUUCAAGUAUCGUCCAAGUCGUUAGUAUAGUCAACAUACAUAAUCUAUUUAUAGUAUUGUUAUUAAACUACAGUUUAAUCAAAAUAAAUCUGUAUAAUAUGUACUGUUCACGUCAAAAAAACUGUACCUUGUAUACAUUCAAUAUCAAUUCCAGCCACUUAGGAAGUCACUUAUCCGUAGGCACAAAUAAUCCAAACAUUUGUUUUGGGGAAAGGGCUUAAGCCCUCACAGUAUUGAUUAUGUAUGCGUCGAAAUUAAGAAAAUAAGAACAUGAUUUUGGGGAGGUUCGACUGGGUGUUAUUAGAUAGAGUCAUGGGGACACCGCCCCCUCCCAUAUUCACCAAUUUAUGAUUCCACAAAUAUAUGUUUUAAGUCAUAGUGAUUUUAUGUUUUAUGAAUACCAAACAUUUAUAAAAUUGGGUUCUUCACAUAUUUUAAUAAUACAUUAUACCUUUUUUCUAUUUAUCCGUCAAUACAAGAGAACACUAGACUAAUGAUCAAAAUGCCGAGCCAUGUAAACCAUGUGAAAUUUAUUCGACAGAAUUUAAGAGUCGGCGGGAUUUUUUUUUUUAAAUUUAUACAAUUAACAAAUUAUCAAUUUAAUUUCAUCUUCUUCGUAAAAAUUGUGGUUUAUUGAAAUGUUUGCUGGUUACCUUAACACUGAAUAUUUAAUACAUGAAAGUCAGUGGUCGAAGUGGUGGGGAACACGGGGGAUGACAUCCCACCACUUAUUAUAAUCUAUAUUUUUCAUCCCUCCACUUAUUUGUCCAAAAUAAUACACCCCUCUUAUAAUUAUAUACAAAGAUUAUCGAUCUAUAUUGGUGUUUUUAUAUCAUAAUAAAUCAUUAUAGUCUAUAGACUAUAGUAAUGACUAAUGUAUAAAUAGUUUGGUUUCUUAUAUUUGUUUUUAAACCUAUUGUAUAAUAAUAUAGUGCAUACUAUUAGAACCUAUUGAUAAACUGUAUGUACUUAAAUUAUAUAGUUAUGUAAAUAUGUUUCACGUUUUAAAUAAAAAUAUAAUUAUAGGUACGUGUAAAUUUAAAUACAUCAACAAAUAAAAUACCAAACUGAAAAACAAAAAUUUAUACUACAUAUAAAAUUGCAUUAUAAAAAUAAGGUACAGGGUUAUAGGGUUCAACUCAUAUCUCCAUCUCCAAUCACUUCCACGUAUAUAAUCUAUAAUAUUAGAAUAGUAUAAAAGUUCAGGCAUCCCUCCACUUAUUUUGAGCCGUCACUUUGACCACUGAUGAACGUUAAGGUAAAUUAGUGAAAUAAACUUAACUCAAUAUAAAUAUAUAUUUAAUUUAUAUUAAUAACAAUAAACCUUUAAUUAAACAAUAAAGUAUCAGUUGGCAAUAAUUCAUAUUUUUAGUCUGGGGAUACCACCACCUAAUUGGUUAUGAGGCCAUCGCCUCAUGAAAUACCCUAUUGUGCCGCCACUGUCGACAGUUAUACGUGGUACUGUCAAAUCCAGAAAUUAUUCAUUGGAGGUGGGGGUAUUAAAAUUGAACCACUAUCAACUACCAAGUUUAGUCGUAUUUCAUAGAGCAGCAUACCUAAUACACCAUAUUAUUAAUGAUAUUUAUUUUGUGUUAUUAUAUACAUUGGGUGGGAGGGGGUAAUUAUCAUAUUACUUCCCACCUCCGUCUUAGAUCCACCACUAGUACUACCUCCAUGAUAUUUCAAUAUAGCGUUUGAAAGUUUAAAACCAUUUAGUUUUAAUACUAACAAAACCACCUAUAGCGAUUAUAUUCAAAUUAAUCUUGUGUUUGAAAUUAAUUUGAGUAGCUAUUUUGUUGUUAAGUAUUAGAAUAUUUAUAUUUUAUACCUUUUAUAGUAUCGUAUACCAUUUGUAUCGUUUGUAAAUUAUACCAGCUGUCCUUAACCGGUGGUGCCGGCCAGUUAUUUAUUCAUUUUAAUGUUUGUGUCUUUUAAAAAUGGAACUUCCUUGUUUGUCAUAUCCAAAUUUAAUAAUAGGUACCCUAUAGGUGGUUAAUUAUAAUAACUGUGUUGUUUUACUCGAGCAACUAACGGAAAUGGAAAAUCACCAAAAAAAAAAAAAAAUUCGCUGGUAUUUAAAGCCUACGGGUGCUAGGUGUUUCUUACCUCCCACAAUGAUAUUUUUAUAAGAUUAUCGAAUUAUUAUCAUAUUUCUUCAGAUAUUUUAUAAUAUAUAUGUAUAUUAUAUAUUUUGUCGUUAUAUAAGUCUACGUUGCUAGACAUUUAAACGUUAGGUACCGGAUUUCUUGAUUUUGAUAAGGAAAUUGAACUGUACAUCAAUUUUUACACGACGAUAAAUGGGCCUAAUUUAAUAAUUAAUAAAUUAUAAUUUAACUCUUGAAAAAGUACAUUUUUAUCAACAGUUAAAAUUUAAAAUAUGGUUUAUGCAACUGAUUUUAUUUUAACUCCAGAUAAACGAGUUUAUCUUUGUGUAAAUAUUUGGUACAAUCCGGCAUAAUAAUCAUAAAGUGUAAAAAUAAAAGAGAACUUUUUUGGUUUUUUUAUUAUCAAAAUCGACAUUUUAAUUACAUAGCUAGGAUAAGAAAAGGAAGCAUCAAAGAAAAAUAAAAUACACAAUUGUCUUUGUUGUGUGUUGAUUAAUAUAUAAUGUGAUAUACUACAGAAUGUAACCGUACUACUAUUUAACAAAUGUAAUAACUUUGUUUCUUUUUAAACAUUUUUAAGCUUUUUUUUUUGUUCAUAAUAAUUAUUAGAGUUUUAUGCUAUAAUUAUUAUAUUUUUUUAUUUUAUUACUUUAAACUAAAAAAAAAAAAAAUAGAUUUUUGAUAUCUUAGAGUUAUUUUAUAACAUUUUUUUUGAAACAAUUUUUGGUUUUUAAAACUAUCAUUAGGUUAUCAUUAAUUUUUAAAAUUUAUUGAAAUUAAAAUGUAUAUCUUGUUAGUUUUUCCAACGAUAAACGAUAAGCAUUUAUCAGAUUCACAGCUUAAAUCAAUAUAAUAAGAAUAUUAUCAAAUUGUAUAAUAUUUCAUGGACAAAUCAAAUAACCCAUUUUAAAAUUUAAGUGCGCAAAAAUGUCAUAUUUUACAAAUUUUAAAAAUCAUUUAAAAUUAAUUGACUCAACUUCAGUAAAAUUCGCUGACACCAUAAUUUUUCUAAAAAUAGAAUUUAUAAAAUGGCUACCUAUCUCGAUUUUUUUUUUAUUUUAAAUCAAAUUUUAUACUUUUUAUUUUUAAUUCCUAAACAUUCAAAUUUAGCUAAAAAAUAUUUAAGUUGUAGCGCUAAUAUGUUAUAAUAAUUUUAAAAAAAACUCAAAAAUGUUUAAUAAAAAACCAGUUAUUACAAUUGUUAAAUAGUCCUGUUAAACCUUGUAUAUAUAUAUUUUAUUAGCUUGUAAUUUGUAGAUAUGCCUUUUAUUAUGCCGUACAUUUCAGUUGACGUACUGAGAAGCAGGUAUUUCGAAAAGUGCACGUGACUGAUAAAAAUACGCUCACGUACGGUUAUUUUCGAUUUUGUGCAUUAUUAUAUGUCUCACGGAUAUACUCUGUCGUUUUUGUUGCGAUCUAUAUUUAAUAAAAGUCAAUACAAUUAAGUUUUGCUCGGAAAACUUGUUAUUUUUUCUGGUCAUACGUUGUACAGUCUGUACCAAUGUACAUAUUAUAGGAUGUGACAUGAAUAAUGAUAAAAAAAAAAAAGUUCUCUGUAGGUAUACGUAUAUAUAUUUUUAUAACUAUAGAGGCAGUACAGUCUAUACUGGAAACAAGGGGUACAUAACAAUAACUUGUUUUGUUGUUACAGACUUGUAACUUGGCUACCGCAGUGAUUUAUUGUAUUCGUAUUGGUACCUAUAGUUUUUUAUAUUUCAUUUUUUUUCCUACCUUGAUGAUCAGCAUGUCGAUUGUCAAAUUGUCGACAUGUAUGUAUAAUAUUUGUACCCAAGAUAGGCAGAACGAGCGGAGUCCAAUUUCAUCAAAAUUAACGUUAUGUUGUUUUUUUUUAUUAUAUGACAUAUUGUCAUGCGUAUAUGUUUACCCAUUUUCAUUUUAAUCGUAAGCAGCACGUAUUCACAAAGCUAUUGAUUAAUCAAACAUGCGUAAAGAAGUAUAGUCUAAUUUCAAUUUACGAACAAUUAUGGUCCAAGUUCGGGUAGCAUAUAGAAAUUAAUGGAGUCCAAAAGUUCUUGUGCGAUUUAUCAAUUCGACCAAAGUCCAAAAUAUUUUAAUUAAAUCAUUAACAGUAUACAAUAAUAACAUGAUUGAAUAAUUUUUUAGAUUCUGAGCGAGUGAGGAAUAUAUGCCGUAUUUCUUUUAUUAGGAUGUAUUUUAUUUUAUUUUUUUUUGUGUCAAUAAACAACUCUUUUACCAGAAAUAUUGUUUCAAUCAAAAACUGUAUAGGAAUUUUAUUGGUGCAUUGAGGAAAUUAUUUUUGAUUUUCAUCGUAGUUCUCUUAAUAAACAGUUUUUAUUUUUAGCAAAAUACAAUUUGUUACCAUUUUUUAUUAGCUUUUAAACCUAUACAAAAACCGUACUUGAUAUAUUCUGUCUUUAAAAUAUAGAAAGGGGUAUUUAUUAAAAAGGAAUGAUUUAAGUAUUACAAUUUUUUAGUUUUUAGAUUUGAUUUACGACUCGAAGCCGAAACAGUUUUUGCUCAACAAAUCUUCCUAUAAUGCGAUUAAGUAAUAAUAUUUUGCGUUAUAAAUUCGAAUCUUAAUCGUGCACGUGUGCGUAGUCUUUGCGUUAACGGUAAUGUAGUCAUUAAAGUUGUUCGGUCGAUUUUAUUAACGCUGACGAUAUUCAGCAAACAGCCGCCCAUUAUGUAUAAAUACGUAUUAUGAUACAGGUACUUUAUAUCGAAUACACAGACGUACCGUGUAUUGGACUCGGCGUGUAUAUGUAUACAAGCGAAUGUUGUCUCGUCAAUUCAAAAGAUUGGAAAUCGAAACGUAUUAUACACACUACUUAAUAUAUACACUAUACAGUUAAAUACAAUGUACCUACCUAUAUAGUAUAUAUAUAUAUAUAUAGGUAAACGAAACCGUUUGAAGUUUAUACUAUUAUAAAAUCACGAUUGACAAAAUAAUAUUGCAUUUUUGUUCCACUUUUUAUUCGCGAUUUUCUUCAAUGAUACAGUUAGGUACCUGUACGUCAAAGAGACUUUUUCUUCACUUUCUAAAAUAUAAGCAUAUUUAUGUACUCUAUAUUAUACGAUCAGCUUCUCAACGGGUUGUAUUAUAUACAUUAUUAAAUAUUGUUUCACUUAACAGAGGUAUAAUGAAUAAACGUAUACGCUUUAAUAUAAUACAACGUGUACAUUUUAAAAAACCAAUAAAAUGUAUUUAAACCAGAAAACAUGUAGAAUUAUAAACGUUGUAUAAGAAUAGUGCCCUGGUAAUGUAUCGAAAAGAAACCUAUUGAUAUUUAUUUGAUGAUGGAAAUAUGAUAAUACAUGUAAACGUUUUUAUUAUAUCAUAUAUUUGCAAAUUAUUAAUAUUUUAUUGCAAAACUGUGUGUUUUUUUAAAAAAUUAUUAUCCUAUGAUUUUAUCUAAGAUAUUUAUCUAAGAUUUAAUGAUAAAUUGAAUAAAUUAUAUACUAUAAGUAACUGCGUAACUAUACCAAUUCCUUACAGUCGAAUAAUAUCAUAAUCGGUCUAUUUGCUUGGCCUCGGUCCUUUGAUUUCUGGCUACAUCGCGAUCGGUCAUGUUAUUAUUAUUGCAGAACAUUACAGAACACGACUUCACCUGUAGGUUACUCGAUGUUAUUAUCAUUAUGGGUAUGAUUUAUGAAUAAUCAUAUAACUUUGGCGAGGUUUUAGAAUAAAUUGUAAUGUAGCUGUAUAAGUAUGUAUAAUAUAUAUGCAGUUCGAAUAGCGUAUAGCACAAGGAACAACAGCUAUUUAGUAAUAUUACUAUAGUAACCUUAGUGCACAUUUUCUUUUAAUAUAUUUUUAUUUAUACAUACCUAAAUACUUACUUAUAGUGCUGUGUUUAAGUAUCUAUUUUUAUUUAUUAUGAUUUUGAUUAUUAUCAGUUUUUAAUUUUUUUCCUUUUGCGCAAUACUCGCUGUCUAAUAUUAUCCUAAAAAAUAACGCGUAUUCUUAAAAUAUUUAGGAUUGACAUUAUUCCAUUGAUUUUUUUUAAAUUAUUAUAAAUAUAUGUGUAUAUCAAUUAUUAAAUCGUUUUUAAUUAUAAACUAACAAAAUUCGAAAAACUAUAAAAAAAAAAUAUAUAUAUAUACACAGAUAUGAUCUUAUUUCACUUUGAUCAUCUCGGUGCAGGAUAAUGGUAUACAAUAUGAGUGAUGAAAAACUAUUCUUAAAGCUUGUUUUGGUUUUUAAAAUUUUCAAAAAUUCUAACACUGAUAUUUCAACUAAACCUUCAUUGAUUUAUGGACUUUAUAUAUAUAUAUAGUUUUAGUAUAAGUUGCAAUUUUAUAAGAAAAAGUUGAUAGUAAUUUCAUACCACCAAAUAUAGGUUAGGCUAAUGUAAAAUUCGAGUCUUAAUAUAAUUUCCUAAAUAACGACGAGUGUUGUGUUUUAAAAAAAAUACCGUGUUCAUCGUGACAGCGUCGUGACUUAUAGCUUCUAUUUGUAUUGACGACUGAUGAGUCUAGUUAUGUAUAUUAUAACUAAUCGGUUAUCGUAAAUGUAUUAUAUUGACAGUCAUUGCAAAAAUAUAUAAUAUAGUGCGUAUAUAUGUUUAGUUGCUAUAUAUGUUAAAUAAAAUUCACACGAUUUAAUUUUUAUCUUUUUAAAACAGGUAUUAUCGUGUAAUCGAUACGAAUUGAAAUCCGUUUAAUUUGUAUUGAAAACUUAGGUGUAGGACGUAAGUGUCAAUAAAAAUAAUUAUCUAUUGAAUGUGUUAUAUUAGACGAUAUUUUUGCUGUUGAUUCAAGUUGUGGUAUAUCGUCGCAUACAAGCGUAAUAUUUUAGGGUAUAACUUCCCCCUCCCCUUAGUAUCGAUUAAAAAAACUAUGCACACAGAUUUUAUGGGGAUUUGAUUUGAGAGGGCUCGGCUUAGUUUCGAAGAAGAGGGUUGUUUGCGCCAAUGUAUAUUUUUUUAAUUAUCGUCUUUUUCAAAAGAUACUGUAUACAGGAGUAACCAGGAUUUUAUACCGUAUUAUUUACAUCGGAAUUUCAACAUCUAUUGCCGUCAUCGAUAAACAUGAAAGAGAAAUGUGAUUUGUUUAGAAGACUGUUUUAAAAUGUCGGAAAAAAUAACAAUAUAAACUGCAGUGUAUUUGGAACGUCGGAAAUGAAAGUCUGAAAGACCAAUGGCCCGGAAAUUUGGAAAUUUACGACAUUCGUCAUUUCCGAUCGGGAAUUGAUAUAUUAUCGUUUUUACUCGGUCUUUCUUGCAUCAUAUAAUAAUAUAAUACCUAUAUAAUAUCAAAUGAAUUUCGUCGUAUACGUAUUAUAACGUAUUUAUAUUUAAAUUUUUCGAUUGAAAUAAAAUACCAAAACAAAACGGAACCUCUAUCUAACAUCUAUACCCAUGGAACAAUAACUACAUGACUUGUAUAUCAUUUGAAUUUUGAUGCGCACGUAUUUUUAUUUGUAAAUACAAUUUCAAUUAAUCAGACUAUAUAAAUACUAUCCUGUGUUUUACAUUAUAAUACUUAUUAUUGGGUAUUAUUCCAGAUAUUAUUGUGUAUGGUGCUUUGCACAACUGCAUCGACCGCUACAACAGUUUUUUGUUUGUAUCGGUUUACACGUGCACUAUAUAUUUUAUAUUAUACAUGUAACAAUGUCAAUGUGCAUUUCAUUGUUUUAAAAUUACCGGGACACAUCGAGUAAACCGGCCAUAUUUUUGUUUUUAAUUUAGUUUCGAUGUCAAAAUACGUCAAUCAUACACAUAUUAACUGUUGUACAGUGUGCGUUGUGUUUUAUAUGGAAUUAAAUGAUUAUCAGCCGAAAAUAGAAGCGUUAUAUACCAACGUUCUGAUUCUAAACCGCUAGUAUGGCGGAAAGAUCAUAGAUUGUACGCGAAGGAAAUAUCGUUUUACACAAUAUACACAAUAUAAUAACAAAAAUACAAAAAUGUGUGAAUAAAUACACGCGUUGACAUAACUCGGGACGGUUUUAUAAAGCAAUACUUUCGUGACUGCGUAAUGUCGAAGACCAAAUUCAAGUGUAAAUACAAACAUUUUGGGACAUGCACAACCGUUAAAAUCCGAAAAAUUGCAUUUUUUCUUUGAGAACGAUUCAGAUGUGAAAUAGACCGAAACACCAUUUGAAAAGCAUUAUAUCAAAAACAGUCUAGAAGUUAUUUUAGCAUAAGAAUCGAUCAUUAACCUAACUAUAUAUAGUGACUCUGCUUUUAAGAAUACCUCCAAUAACAUCUCAAUGUUUUAGCUGGAAAUGAUAAUUGAAUACUCGGCGUUCUCCACACAAGCUUUAAAAUUUUUUAUCACUUUCCUUUCAACAUUUCUAUAUGUGAAAUUAAAUUGUACCAUUUAUUAAAUACAAAAAAAUAAAUAUACUGUAUAGAAAUAAAUUGAACGUGGAAAAUGAUUUGAGACUAAAUUAUUAAUAUGAUGCAUGCUUGACUAUAUUGACGAUGUUUUUGACAAUUCCAAAUUACACAAAAAUCUCAUUAGAGUAUUUGACCUUUUAUAAUCUUUAUAAUACUCAAUAAUAAUUUCACCGAAAAAAUUAAUUUAUUACAUUUUACUUAUUGUACAACGAAUGCUUUUAUUUUCAUAAUUAUUUAUUUUUUAUAAUAUUAAAGCUUAAAACUAGAAAUAUUAAAUAUCUAAAUAUGUAUAAUGACACAUACAUUUUUCGAUGAGUUUUCAAAAUUUGUACGCGUUGUCAUUCAGAUAAAAAAACGUUGAGAAUUAUGCCGUUCUAUGUUGAUAGUAUAAAAUAUACGACUGCAUACUGUAUGUAAAAAAAACAUACACACUAUAGCUUCUUAAGGUUAAUCUAAAAUUUGAUUGUAAAAAUGGCAAAAAAAAAAUAUAUUUUUAACGUUUGAUAAAUUCUUCAAUAGUUCAUUGUUUUAACAUCUUUUUUUUUAUAUACUUUAAACAAAACGUAUAUUUUUCAUAUUCCUAUAGUUAUUUAUUUCUUAGAGCGCUAUGUUUGUCAUAUACUAAGAAGGGUAUCGAUACUGGCUGUGUUUUCUGUUAAAAUAAAUCAAGAAUAGACCAAGAAUGACAAUUGUACCAAUUUUACCGACUGUCCUAGUAAUCGGAUAAAAUUUCUGAAAAUAUGCUUGAAUUCUUCACCAAAAUUUACCUACUUGAAAACGAUUUGCUUCCACACAACUAUACUUAACUAAGAUAGUUGCUUCUUACAAUAGGCCAAAGGUUGAUAUUUAUAAAAUGUUACCUAUAUAUAAAAAAAACCUUCUCGGCCGAACCCCUUCUCCUUGAAUGGGUAUCAGGCAGUAGAUUGUAAUAUAUCUCAAGCAAUAUCUCAUCAUUAGGUGGUUAUUAAAAUGUAAAAACAAAGUACGAAUUUUACAAAAUUGGAGACAAUGAGGAAAACCGUCAACAAACCUCUUAUAAACGGAAAGUUUUCGGACAAAGAAUUAUUUGGUUAUUUUUAUUAGGAUGUAUAAUAGUUUCGAGUUCUAAUAAAGAUAGGUUUAAGAGAUAUAUUUAAACAUUUUUUAUUAAUAGUUAAUUUUGUAUUUUGAAAACUUGUGUGUAGGUACCUAUAAUCAAUAAUUAUACAGUUCAAUUCAAAUUGAUUGAUUUUACCUUGUGAAUUUUAUAUAUUCGUCUUUGGAGUAGAAAAAUAAAAUUAAUGUCCGAUUACAUAAAUCGAUCGAAUUAAAAUAUGUAUGUAUAUACAUUGCAAUCGUGUCGUAACUACAUUAUUUUAUUAUUAUUUAUAUGUUCAAAAUUAGGUACGUGAUGAAAAAAUACUAGUACUAAAAAAUUUAUAUUAUUAUUAUCCGCAUCGUCUUCACCGCAGUAUGUGAAUUAUGUGCAUUUUCGUUAAUAUUCAGAAUAUAUAUUUGAACCGUGAAAUGCAGGAAGGGUACAUGUUCAUAUUGUAUAUAAGAUAAAGACAAAAAUUUAAGUAAUUAAUAUCUGAAAAAAUAAAUUGCAUGAUAAUAAUGUUAUAGUGUUAAAUAUUCAUUGAAUAUGUGCUAUUUCUGCAUUUAGCGAUUCAUUUAAAUGGUAAUUAAUAAUUUAUGUGUAUUUUAUAUACAAUGUAUACUACAAUAAUUGCGAUUGUAUUGUUACAAAAUAUUAAAAUAAUAAUAACGUUAUCGCGUUGCGAAAAAUGAUCAAAUAUAAAAACAUGUUUUAAUGCCAUAUUUCAUCCUUAUAUAUAUUUUUAUGGAAAAAAAUUCCAAUUGGUAUUAUAAAUUGUAAUUAAAAACCAUUUUGAAUACAAAUUCUUGAUUGCAUUCAAAAUUAAAUAAUAUUCAAAUGUUUUAAAUUACUUGAUUACUUUUUGCAUACAUAAUAUGAAUACUCGUUAUUGACAUGAAAUGUUACAAAUAAAUGAUAAACUAUUAUAUAGCUGGUUUUACAGUUAAAAUGCCAUGUAAAUGCGUGACUUAUAAUAUAAGUACAUAUAAGUACAUAAUAUAAGUAUAUAUAAUACAAUAUAGUCGUAAAAAGUUUGUAAUAAUUCAACAUUAAAACUACACAUCGAGUACAGUAGAAUUGAUAAAGUGGCAUAAAAUUGUCUUCACAAAAAUAGUAAAUUUUAAAAUUACAUUUUGUGAGGUACACGUGUAUAAACAUUUUUAAAGCUUACAAAAUUUACUUUUACUAUUUCAGUUUAAAAUUAAUCGAGGUUCUACAGCAUUGUAGUACGAAUAAACAAAAUUAUUGUAUACCUAAUAUACUUAAUUUUAAAGGGUGAGACUAUAACUAGAUGCUCUUCUCACAUCGUUAUUUUAAUUUGAGUUUACAAAUAACAAAUAUUGCGCCUAUUUACGUUUUACUGUUUUCCAAAUAUUCUGAGAAGAAAUUUGAAAAAGAUUUUUCUAGACUUAUAAUAUCUACCAUUUGUGCUCUGCAUUAACAACUUAACACGUCAAUAAUUCAUUCAUAAACUGAUAAAAAAAGUCAAUGUAGUAAGUGGGAAGAUUUAAGUUUGAAAGCUGUAGGAUAUAGGAUAAUCAUUGUAAUAAAAAAAAUUAAAAAUCUAAGAAAAUAAAUAACCAAUUUAUCAAUGUUUGUAUUGUCAAUUUUAUAAAUUGUAUAGAAAACUAUUGACAAUCUAGACAUUUCUAUAAGUAUAGUACCACAGGUGAACAUUUUAAAAUAGGAGUAUUUCACUCACAAAAAAGAGAUACAUUAUAGUAAAUCUAUUAGUUUUUCGCUUCAUUUAGAAACUAGACAAAAAACAAUUAAGUAUAAAACUUUUUAAGCAUGUUAUAUAAAAUGUUUACUAAAAUUGUUUAAAAGUAUACAUGGAUAACAAUGAAAAACAUGAAAAACAAAAGGCACACACACACAACACACACCAUUGUAAAAUUAAUAGUUUUUUCGCUCCACCGGGUUCUAUCUAAAAUUAAUUACCAAAACAAUGAUAUUAUUAUAGAAACAAGAUUUUUUUUUUGUAUACUACUUACAGUUCUUGGCGAUGUUAUUUUUUUCUCUUUAGGUUAAUUAAAAAACGUAUGUGUCCGAAAACAAAACAAUUUUUCCCGCGGUGAACACUGGAUGAUGAUGUCUGAGAUUUCCGACGUUAUUCCUAUUUACGAAAAUACUAGGUAUACACUUUCAGAGUUUUCCGAUGACAUCGACAAUAAGUUGUUAGUAUUAUGACGUAGCAGUAGUGUUUUGUGAAGAGCUACGGUCGGUGAUUUUUUUUCCGCAGUUUCUUUUCGGUUUUUUUUCUUCUGUCGAACAACGGCUUAUUUCGUACCGUCGUAUACACAACAUGAAUAUACGAUUUUAUUCCACCCCCCCCCCCCCCCGGAUCGAAAAAAAAAAAUCGCGGACAUGACGAAUCGCGCGAGGACCGCCGAAAAAAAAUGUGGUCCGUGCCUAAUCGCCGACGCCUUCUGCGCGCGUGCAACCGACGCCGACGACGACGCCGCUAAGGAAACGUUAUAGAACAUAUAACAAUAUACAGGGCGAUAUCAUAAUAUCUAUGGAAAUUUCCAGUGAUUUUUAUUGGAAAUUUAAGUUUCGUUUUGUCGACCAUUUUCUGACAUUAUUUUAACAUUUCAGAACGGUUUAUUGAUAUCGUUAAAAUAAAAAAAAAAAAAAUCAUACCCCUAUUCAGCGUAAUAUACUAAAGGCCAAUUUGCGAUAAAAUAAUCAUCCUGUAUAUUUGUGCACACAGUGCCUGUAUAAUGUUACGCGGUCCCGUUUUCCAUCGGACUUAAUGCUCGGGCAACCGCAACACAAUUAUUUUAAACGGCUGUACGACUGUGCGUGCAUUUUAUUACUGUACAGUCGCGUUAAAUGGAAAAAUGAAAAAUACGGAUAUUGUCGUCAGUUUUUUUUUUUAUUUAUUUUUUUUUUUUUGUUCUUCGACGGUACUUUGUGUACGUGCAAUGUCGUCCACUCAACGGCCGAACAAUUGCAAUUCCGCUUCGCCACAACCGAUUGUAUACAUAUAUACAUGUGUAUAUACAGAACAAUAUACUUUUGCUGUGCGCAUUCGCAUUGUCUGACAUUCCAAGGGGGCGAAAGCGCGUCGGAUUACGCGACGAAAUCGAUUCGCGAGCGUCUCUUCCGUUGCGGGCCGACCGCCGCAGUAAUUAUCAAUUUCAAACGGAGUUUUCUCCGCCUUUUAGACUCAGAGAGACGAUGAUAAUAUGUUAUAAUAUCGUGGUUAGGUCAGGUUAGGGCGUUUAGUAAUUUUUAUAUUUUUUAUAAAUAAUUUUUUCGGGUUAGUAAAAAUGAAUCGUUCUCUUUAUAUAAUAUACCUAUAUGAUUGGGCAAAAUACUGAAAACAAGUAUAUUGAUUGGAAAAUGAAAUGCAUUCAUUGUAUGUAUCUCGGUACAAGAUACACGAUAAAAAUACAAAAUAUACAAGAUAUAUAAUUUAUAAGAUAUUUUCAGUUUUUAAUUUUCGUAAUAGUUAAUUUAGUGAAUAUUUUGUUAUAAUUUACAACAAAUCAAAUAACUAUUCGUUUAAUUAUAACAACCUACAAUUUUGAAUAUUAAAAAUACAAAAUAAAAUAGAAUAGAAUAAUAAUUAAUUAAUAUAGGUAGUAAAUUUAUGUGAACAUUUUAUAUUAAACAUAAUCGAAACAUCUAUUUUGAUGUAUAUUAAAUGUUAUUUUUAGUUUUUUAUUUUAACUUCUUUUCUUUACCAAUAACAAAAAAUGUUUAUGUACAAAUAUUUUAUCUUCUUUUAGCACAAAAAUAUUCUCAAACCAAGAUACAAGAUAGAUUACAUAUACUGAAAAGAUACAAGAUAUUAUUUUAGUUAUAAUCCAUGUAUCUAGCUCUAAUAAUAAUAUAAAUUACACAGAAUAUGUUGCUUUAAAAAUCACACGCAAAUUAUUAAGAAAAUUGUUGGAAAACAUUUGAAUUUAUAUAGGCGUAUUUAUUUAUAUUGUUUAACUAUUAAACAAAAAUAUUUUAAUCUAAUUUUUGAUUUUAUCAUAUUUUUUCUUUCUUGUUAUUAAUUUACUCUAUGGGAUUCUGUCAUUUGUUCGCACACAGUUAUUAGCAUUUCUUUUUCGAUCUCUAUUUUUGGACUUUAUUUACUAUUGUACAACUUUUUUUUGUCCUCAUUUUAUCGGAACAAUAGAUAAAAGUUCGACUUUCUAAAGACUUUUCUCUUUAGAAAUGUCCAUUUCCAAAACGUUUUUCAGCCGACCAUGAAGAAUACUACAACUGUAUAUACUUAAACUUUUAUAGGAUUAAUUUUUUAAAACUAUUUUUAGUUUGAAAACAUGAAGUUUUACCAUUUUAACCGUUUGUAAACAUUGUAGUUUUUGUUCAUUCAGGCGGUAAUUCAUAAAAUAAUGUAACUUUUAGUCUACGUAAUAAUAUCGUAUAUAUUUCGCGAUACAACCUGUAGGCGCAGUUAUUGUUACCUACGAACACAAAUUCCUUAUUGCAUUCGAAAUUUUCGAGUCACACAUUUUUUCUAUAAUAUCACGUUAUUCAAUCUUUAAAAUCUCGGAUAAAGUCUUUAUUUUUUUUUCCUAUCACAUAUUUUAAUAUUCUAAACACGUAUCUCAUCAAUGUGAUUGUAAGACGGAGUAUAAUAAUAUAAUUUAUAAUUCAAAUGUAUCAACCACCAGCGCGGCGGCGCUUUUUAACUGCAUAGAUUACAUCAAAAGAUUUAGGUAUACCGACAAAUAAAUUAUUAACGUGUACCUAAUGACUAUAAAUUGAAUAAUAUUAUAAUGUCUUGCAAUAAUGUCUUGAUAUAAUAAGGUACCCACCAUAGUUAGUUAAUUUAUUUAUUCGUUUAGAUAGUAUAUAAUUAUAGUAUUUGUUUAAUAUAUUAUAGGUUAGGUUUAAAUAUAGGAUAGAUUUUAACCCAAAAUCCUCAACGGCACAGACUUAAUAAGUUAAGAGAUCGAAUUUUUACCCGCAUUUACUGUCUCAGUCUUACAAACGGGCAAAUUGUAAAAUUACGUUACUUAAAACAUAAAUUGUUACAUUUAGGUGAACAUUGGAGUUUAAACACAAAUAACAAAAUUUAAAGAGGAGAUUUUUUUUGGACAAAAUGGCAUACACAUCUAAAAUAUUGAAUCUAAAGACAGAAUAUUGGAAGUUCGAUAAGAUCUCAAUGUCGGAUUUUGAAAUUUUUAAUUAAUGGGGGGCUCAUAAUAGAAUUUUGGAAUUUUGAAAUUUGUUUUCCUUGUAGAUUUCUGGGUCGCCCUCGUUACACGAAAAAACCUGAAAGCAUUUCAAAUGUAAUCAGUUAGCCGAGUACCACUAAGAAUUUUUUUCCUUUAAAAAUCCUAGAUCCUACUCGGCUAAACCUUAUCAAUUUCUUACCUUCAAUAAGGCGUGAAGUAUUUUACAUUUAUAUAUUAUAUUUUGUUUAAAUAUUAUUUAAAGUGUUAAGCACUUUUAAUAUAUGUAAUUUAAACAUUAUUUAGUGGAAAACUUUUUUCUUCAAAAUUAUACAAUCUGAAACGUGUUCGCAUUUAUUUGAAUAGGUAAGUUUAUAUAAGUAUAGAAAAUAUUUUAUACAAUGAUAAAAAAAUAAAAUAUAAUUAACAAAAAUAUUUUCGUUGGCUACCUAUAGGUAGUACUACGUACGUAUAUAAUUAUAGCGAACAAACACGCAAUCACGUAAUGUCUAUGAUGCAUUAUACACUCUGCAGCUUAAUACUAAUAUAUGUUGUAUAUAUAUUUAAAAAAAUACUAUAUAACACAAUUCGAGUUCUAAAUACUUUUUCCAGUUGGAAUAGAAAUAAUGCGACCUAUGUUUGUAGACCUAUGAAAUAUAUGAAAUUAUAUUACACAACAACUGUAGAAAAUCUCUAUAGUUUAUAGUAUAGAAUUACGUAGUUAUAGAAUAGCGAUUUUUUUAUAAGACCUUGUCAUCGGUAGCCGGUACGCUUUUUCGCAAAAGAUGUUUGAUGUACGCAAUUCGAAAUAAACGACGAAAAAAUACGUAGUCGUUGAAUAAUCGAGGGCGUGUGCAUACUGAAAAAUAUAUUAUUAUAAUAUCGUAUAGUACCUAUAUUAUUUAUAUACGUGUCUAGAUUUAAUAAUAUUACAGUUUCCAAGUAAACUGAUUUGAUCUUAUGAUAUACUAUCAACAUAACGCUAGACGCUCAUUAUCUCGGAAAGUAUUAACUUUUUUCGGAAUUUGUUUCUUCUUUUGUGUACUUCACUCCGAAGAAAAAAAAGAAAUACCAAUUUGUUCGUGCUCCCGCAUAGCGAUGCAAAUAUAUUUUAUCAUAUGCAAUGCCUAUAAUAUAUUUUUUUUCUCUGGCACAAACAAAAAACACAUUCGGCGUUCUCCCCCCCCCCCCAAUGUAGCUAAUGUCUGGAAAAAUUACCCAAGCAUAAGUUCGUAGCACUUUUUUAUACAUAAAUUUAUUUCACGGUGCGCCUUUCUCGUUAUUUUAAUAAUCUUGUAUUUUUCAAUAACGCGCUUUUACGUAUUACCUAUGUAUGUAUUUUUACUUUAGUGACCUUUUCUAAGUACAACUUUUAAUACAGGCCCCAACCCUAUACGCAAUGCAGAAACGAAUAAAAAAAGUAGUAUAGGUACAUUUUUUCAAUUUCAAUAAAGUACUAUAGUUUUAUUAUUCAAAUGGUUUUUUUUUAUUUAAGUUAGACAUUUAUUAUACCUCGCAGCCAGUUCUUUUUAUUUAUAGGUAAUGUUUAGGAAAAAAAAAUGAAAAAAAAACACGUAGUCUACCCAUUAUUGUUUAGCGUUCUAAAUAUUUAAUAAUAAUCGCUGUGUAAAAACACAUGUACAAAUGUAUACUUAAAUAAAAAUAGAAAAAUAGAAAAUUGUUUACAAAUUAUUACAUUUCCUUAUAUGAAUUAAUGGUUAAUAGUUCAGAGAAACAGUCGCUUAGUUGAUAUAUGCGCGUAUAAUUUAUAAUAACAUGAUGUCGGAACUCAAAAAAAGAAAACAAGUGAAAGAAAUCAUUAAUAUACGUACGAUAUCUUAAACAUUUGCAGUUAUAGGGUGGAAACAAAAUCUUCAAUAUAGUAUUAUACAGCAUACUAAAAGAAGUCGACAUACUUUGCACCGCAUGGAUGUGCACUGUUGUGGAUGGGAAGUUAAAAAGUUAUUAUCUUAAAAUACAUCUUAAUAUUUAGGCAAAUUUAAUUUAUAUCUGCACGCAAUAAUAAAUUAUUGUGCUAACGAAAUACGGUUCUUGCAAAGUUUACAUAAACUUGUUUUAAUAAACUUAAAUUGAAAAUUAUGAUUAUAAAAGUAACAAUAAAUUAAAUAUUUCUCAACCAUGGCAAGGAAAAAAGCAAGGAAAUUCAUAAUAAUGAUAUCACUGACUAGACAACAUUUUCUACCUGUAGAAACCACCCCAGAUGUUGAAAAGUUGUUAACAGACACAAAAAACCAAUAACCUAUAGCUGCUUGGUUGCAUUUCUUUUUUCAUUGUUUGUCAGUAGAAAUCUACGUAUAAUAGUUACUAAGAUACUACAUUGCAGUAUAGUAUUAUAAUUUAUUAUUAUUAAUUAUUUGCGUUGCAUAGAUCAGUGGUAUACAUAAAUCGUUAGCACGAAAAUCAAACUCGAUAAAACAUUGUCGGAAUAAUUAUCGCCGGUACAAUGAUAAAAAAAAAAUAAUAAUAAUGAACCAAUAUAUCAACGAAUAAUAGAUCGCGACUUGACCGUCCUUGACAUUGACCUUCCUCCCGCGCACUCUCUUUCUCAUUCUCUCUCUCUCUUUCUCUACCUAUCUAAUUCUCUCCGGAACCGUUUUUUAGAAUAAAAUAUCAUAAUUUUAAUUAAUUUUUACAUUAGUAAUUUGAUUUAAAAAUAAGUAUUUAUGGGAAAUUCGACUGUAGUAUAUGAAAUUUGGACGGUCUCGUACACGAAUUUUAAAAAAAAUCGAUUGAGCAUGUUUUAAUUAGUUUUUUGCUCAAUAUUACGUGCACUAUUGCGAUUUCUAUCUCCAGCUGGAAAUUACACUGCAUUUUUUUUCACAUUUAACAUUACGUUUAGGAAUAGAAAAAUCAUGGUAUUAUAGUGCGUACACCGGAAGUUUUGACUGUGUUACAUAGUUAACGGUAGGGCGUUGACACCGUACUUAUAGAUACUCCGGCCGGGUCCCUUUUAUUAUAAUUUCUCCCCCCCCCCCGUCAUUGGUUUGCAUGCGUAUAACCAUACAACGCCUGUCGUGGUUUACACUUACAUGGCGGUGGACUCGAAAGUUUAGUUAUAGUCGAAAUCAAAACGAUCGCGUUUUGACCGAAUACCUUCGUUUUCAUAUUAUACAGUAGAAUCACAAUAGAGAUUGUUGGAAUUUUUUUUUUUUUUUUUUGUAUAGUUCUGUGAACUUUGUGGUCCCAGUUUCACGUAUAAGUGUACUAGAAAUCGAUAAGGUUUUAUAUGCGACUGCAGUGUAUACAAUACAAGUAGAAUUUUGAAUCCCUUGCCCUCCCCUUCCUAGAAAAAAGAGACCAGAUUUCCGUUUGUCCGAAGACCCGUUUAUACUUUUGUUAAUAUUCCAUUCGUCUAGGUUUUGUAUUGUAAAAUAUCCAAACAAACAAUACAAUUAUGGCUCCUAUUAUAUUAUAAAAUAUUUAGGAAUCCUAUAGCAAAAAAAUAAAAUAAAAUAUUAUAGUUUAACACAAUACGUAUAGUAUUAUACAUAUUAUAACUAGUUCAAGUAUUGAUUAAAUUAUUUUAAUAAUAUGAUGCAGUGUAAAACAAUAUAAUAAUGACAAUAUGAGAUUGUACAAUUUGUUUACGUUAUGUGUGUGUGUAUGUGUGUAUGUAUGAUGAUACCAAUAAUUACGCUGGUAUAAUUAUAAAUAUAGUUUUUGUGUUUGCCAAGAAACCGAAGAAACCACAACAAAGUGUUUUAUUAUUAAUUAAAACAUAAUAAUGUACAGUACAUUAUUGAUACUUUAAUUAUUAUUUUUAAAUGGCUUGUCUUAUCGUAUAGUGUACACGUGCAUUUGUCUUUUACGUCAUUAUAUAUUUUUUUUUUUAUAAUGCGAUCAAGUAUACCUCCGAUACCUAUAUUUAAAAUAACAAUACGCACGUCCCCUUUGUUUACGCGUGCAUUACUUCGACGGUAAAUUUGGAUUAUAGCUCACAAAAGAACCGCGCACUUGUAUAAUUGUAUAGUAAUACGUCUAACGUGUAUUUGGAUGGGUUCUAUGAAGUAGUUUAUGAAUAUACCGAGUGAAAAAAAUAAAAACUAAGAUUGGCGACGUAAUCUAAAAAAAAAAGAGUUGACGGGUGUACACUUCUAUCGUAAGUAGGAAGUUGGGAAGGUAGGAAACAUGAGAUAUUUAUUUAAUUUAUAUCUGUACACAACGGUAAAUCGAUCAUUGCUAAUAACUUUUGAGGCACGGAUUUGUAUGUAAUAAAAAACAUAAAGUCUUUAAUAUAAAAAUUUGAACUUUAAAUUAUAUUUAUAUAAAAAAGUUUUGUAUACAUAUAUAUUUAGGUUUAUUAAAUUAUAUUGGGUUGUUUAGGUUAAUUUGUUUUUUUUUUUUUAUUUAUUCAUCUUCAUUUUCUUUGAAAGAACGUGCAUUUGAAGAUUAUCAAAUUUAAAUGUCUGGCGAUUAGGCCUCAAAAUCGAUUUGUAGUGACUAAAAGAGCGUUCAACGCCAAUCAAGGACAAUGAGGAAUAUUUCAUACUUGAUAUAUGCUGAUGAUAUAAUUAAUUCAAUAUCCAUUGAUGUGUUUUCAUUUUUAUUCAGAAGAAUAUUUUUAAUAACUUUUAACAUAAUUAUGGUCAGUAUCAAUAUUUCUAGUAAAUUUAAUAGGUAUCUGUUUAUGAAUAUGCAAAAUAUUUAAAAAUAUGUAGAAAUAUGUAUAAUAAAAAAGUCGUAUUUUAUUCAGUGUGUUAUGAAACGUGCUUAUUUUUAUUCGAAAUUAAAAUUAUGUAUUUACGCGAAAAUCCACGUCUUACAAAUAACGUAUGAUUAUGACUGAAGUUCGGUUUAACAUAUUGUAUUGAAAUGCCGGAUUAUUUUUACGGUUUUCUUUAAAAUAUAAAUUUUUAAAAAAAAAAUUGCUACAUUAUGAUCAUCUUUUUAUUUUAUAGUACAUCCUACGAUGAAUUUCGAGUAAAACUUCUUGGAAAAUCAAAACUGACCUCUCCAAUGCACUAAAUAAAUCUAAAAUGCAACAAAAAAGAUAUCUUGUCGUUUUUUGACAGGAGAUUUCUGGUAGAAAACUUUUACAGAUAAUCCAUUUUAAAAAAUAUUUGCACACAUCAUAGUAAAACUAAUACAUUCCUCGCUGCACUCAGAAUCUAAAACCUAUUAUGUGAUGGAAGUUUUUAAACGUCAUGUAUUUCAUUAUUGUAUCUUAAGAGUAACGUACUACAUGUAUUAUAUUUAUAUUAUGUGUCCAAUUUUUAUAAAUAAAUAAAUAAACAAUUCUAGAACUAAAAAAUAUUCUAAUAUUCACUUUAGAACGAAUCGAAUAAAUUAACUCUUGCUUCAUACUAUAUGUGUAGUAUAAGUAUUUUAAUGUAUAAUUAUGCAAUUUGUUUAAAAACAGAUAAAAUAUAAAAAAAGUACCCUUCAAUUUCCAACUAACUCGAAUGAUGUCUAUGUAUAAUAUAGAGAAUUAAAAUUAAAAAGUGGCCUUAUUUUUACAAUUAAAAAACACCGUCAUUUUUCUAUAAAUUAAUAUGUCAAUUACCCGAUUAAUUUGUGUUCUUUUUGAUUUUCAUUGUAGGCUGUAGUUUUACGCUAAACGGUAUAAAAAAAAAUUGUUUUAAAAGUUAAUACAAAAAGUAUAGAUAUAAUAUAAUAAAAAGACAAAACGAUUUUGUAUGUUUAAAAUAUAACUCACGUAUAAUGGAUAGGUACUGAUUUUCGUGUGAUUAAAGAUUAAGUUAAUUUGUUCGAAUAAAAGAAGGUAUUUUUUGUUGUUGGACGGCUCAUUUUAAAUUUAUAACUCGUAACCACGAAUAUAUUAGAAUUACCUACACAUAAUCUAAAAGUCAAUAAGUUCGGGUGUUGAAUAUAUAUAUUUAUAUAACAUUAUUGUCUAUUAUGCAGUGUUUUUGAAACUAUAAAUAACGAUAAAAAGCCAUAGAAAUAGUUUUAUUUGAACAAUAUUUGCUACAGAUUAGGAAAUUGUUUUUAGAUUUAUACGCACGAGCUUGAUUAUAAUUCAAUAAUUAUUAUAUGCUUAAAUAAGAUAUUAUAAUUAAUAAUACGUAAAACAUGUAUGCAAUUAUAUAUUUAAAAAGAUACAGAUAUUCAUCGCACGAUGGGUGGGCCACUGUUGUAGGUGAGAAGUUGGGAAGGUAGAGGGGAUAUUUAAUGUAUAUUUGUACGUAACGAUUAACCAUAACGAACCAUUGCAAACGAAAAACUAUUCUGAGCGGAGUUCGGUUAAUAAUGUUGCUUUUUUAACAGUAUAUACGUUAUAUUAUGGUUAAAUAAUUGUGUAUGCAUAGACUCAACUAUGUAUAUGGUUCAACUUUGUGAUGAACUCCUGCGUCGUCUUUCUAAUGGUGAACCUGACCUUAUUAUGAAGUAUAUUAAGAGUACCUCCCGCAUAAUAAAUCCAAAAAACUUGUAAACCAUCGUUCUAUUAAAUUGAAUGGGGGUCAUAUGAAUGAUUGUCAUGAACAAUUGUAACUUUUCUGAAUUUGGUUAAUAUCAAAAUACCCGUGGUAUCAGGACCAAAUUGAAUUUGUUAAAUUGUAAUAUUAAUUGUUUAAAUUGUAUCUUUAUUGUUUUAACAGAAACUUGGUUGUAUCCUAAUAUGUUUCCUUUAAUAAUAUUUAUUUAACAUUGUACCUAUUUUCUCGUUUUUUCUAGGUUUUUUUCCCAUAUUUUCCCCGGUUUUUCCCAUUUUUUUAUGAAAAUGGCUGGAAAAAUAAAAAAAUGAUCUAUUUAAAGAACCACCCAAGUCCUUUUCCCCAGAUUUCCUUUCAGAAAAAUUGUUAUAAUUGAAAAUCGGAGCAGAAUUGCAGGUAGAAAAGUUAUCCACAGAUAAAAAAAAUAUAAUAAUAAUAAACAUCAUUAUAAAACCAAUAUAUUCUUCGAUCCGCUCAGGAUGUACAAUUAAAAAAUUAACAGAAAAUUAACAAUCCAUCAUUUGUAAAUAUUUUUUAUGCCAAAGUUUUAUUUCAAAAUAUAUUUAUAUAAAAUUGUUGCGUAAAGAAAGAAAAAAGAACUGAUACUGGAGAUGGGUGUGAAAGGGAGAAGAUGAGAUACAUAAGGUUAUUUCAUUUAUAUCUGUACACAACGAUAAACCAUUGCUUGACAAAAGACGAUUCCGAGGGCAGUUCGAUAAUAAAUAAUUUGAAGUGCCGUAAUUUUUUUUUGCGAUUUUUAUUUAAAUUUGAUUUCAAAACGCUUAUUAAAAAAAAAAAGUCAUUCGAUGAUUUUGGAAAUUUAACCUCGUUUAGGUAAACCCAGUAUAAGUAUUAUUACCAAAGUUCAAGUCUCUACGAAUUACAGGAAAAAAAACUCUCAAAAAUUAAAAUUUCUCAAAAGCUCAGAAGUGGCUCAAAAGUUUCAGCGGUGAUACCGUAUGAAAGAAAAUCAAAAAGGUAACAAAAGAGGUAUCUUGUGAUUUUUCGAUUAAAUCAUUAUUUUUGGUAGAAAACGUCGUCCGUGUUUUUAUAAAAUAAUGAAAUCAUGAAAUUGUACGUUUUCCUACGUUUUUUUCCCACUUAAGUGCUUUUAUUUAAAAAAUGGCAUCGAAAAUCAAAAUUUCCUAUUUAAAGUACCAUAUAGGCAACUUAAGCUUUUAGAAAAGUUGCUACACGUAAAAAUCGGAGCAAGUUUACUAGAAAAAAUGUGUUCACAGACUAGAAGAAAGAAAGAAAAAAAAAGCAUCUUAGUAAAACCAAUAGCUCCCUCGCUACGCUUGGAAUCUAAAACUUAAAACAUAUUGAAAAGAACAAUGCGCACCUAUAUAUCAUACUCGUUAUUUUCGACUAACCUUUUUUGUCUUGCGAACAAAAUGAAAAUAGAAUAAUGUAUAUAGGUAUAAAAGAAUUGUCCGCAGGAGAAUAGGUAUUAUUAUGUAGAAUAAAUGAGGAUAGUAUAGGUGUACAAAAUAGGAAGAAAACCCAGAGAAAUUCCCUAUAUAUUACAGAUUCUUCGGAGAAAACUGAAAGGAAAGUAUAUUAUAGAUGGGACAGGGGGAGGGGGGUUUUGUAAACCUUUAAAAUUCUAUAGUUACACAGUGUUACGUAGAUUCGUCUUCGAAAUCUUUGUCCUACGGUAAAUUAAAGAAAAAAAAAGCACAAUAAUAAUAUUGUUGUCGUAUUAUUAUGAAUUAUAACGAUGGUCGCGUAACGAUCGUACCGCGCGUGUUAGAGUAUCGUAUUACGACACCAAGAGCGUGUAUAAAAAAAAAAAAAUGCACAUUUUUCUUUGAGAUCGUUGAUAAUAUUGUAAUUACUUUGUUUAACGCGUUAGUCGUGCUGUUAAUCGUGGUAAAAUAAUAAAAUAACUAUAUUGUGCUCGGAUCGCAACAAGUGUGUUAGUGUAUAAUAUAUUUUAUUAUAAUUUAUCUAGGUAUAUUGAAACUCGGUCGAAACGUCCGAGCCGUAUAAAUACGUAUAGGAACACGUUUGGUGGCAGAAAAUCGAAUCGGAAAUUAUUAUUAUAAUGUUGUACGCAGUGUAUAAUAUGCAGGAUUUGAAAAUUUCCUUUAUAUAUAAUAUGCAAUAUACAUGAUAUAGACACAUGUAAAAAGGUAUUAUGAAUGCCGUGCAAAAUUUCUAUUGUGUAGUACAAUAAUAAUAAUAUGUAAACUGCGGAGUUUUUUUUUUUCUAUAAAGACAUCAUACCUAACGAUCUGAUCCUCCUAUCAGGAGCUGCGGGCGUUGGAAUCCUGCCAAGAGUGUGCCUGAAACUAAUAAUUCGUAUAAUAAAAUAUUGAUAAACGGACGCUUUCUUUGUCCCCGUCGGCACCGCACGUGUGCAUAAAUAAUAAAACUGACACGUUUUACACCUUGGGAGUAAUUUAUUCGCUAUUAUUAGUUUUUUAUUCGGUACACAUGUAAAACUAUUCCAAAUCAGCUGGAAUUAACUAGUAAACGAAAGAUGAUGAGAUCUUCCCGGACGUUUUUAUUAUAACAUAUUCGUUUAUCAAAGACUCCAAACGAGUCAUUUUUAGAUUUUGAGUUUUUACAUUACCGAGAAAAAGAAAAUAAAAAUUAUAUUUUGAAAAAAAUUCUAUUAAACUUGUUUUGAAAUGCCAAGUUGUUGAUUUUUUCCAGCAUUUCAAGCAUUCGGCCGAAACAAUUUUAUCCACACGAAACCAAAUAAAAAUUAAAAAAUGUUAAAUGCCUAUAAUAAAUAUCUAAAAAUUGCCAGAAGUUUAGAAAAUUUGACCUCGUCUAAAAAGUCUAAUGUACUCAGAAAAACGAUGUUCAUUGUUUAAAGACUAAUAUACCUGUAUAAGUAUCCUGUCAAAAUGUCAGGUUUUUACGAUUAUUUUCAACGAGAUUGCUACAUAAAAUCAAAAUAACGAAACAGGUUAUUGUCUUACAUUUUUCCAUAUUCCCUGGUUUUUUUUUAAGAAAACUAUAAUACAUAUCAAAAACAAGGCCUUUUAAUACACCGAUUAGACAUUUUUUUUCUUACGGAAAAAUGCCACAUUCGAAAAUCGGAGCAAGAUUUCUAAAAAAAAAAAAAAAGCACACGUCAUGGAAAAACCAAUAUACAUCCUAGCUGUGAUUAAACCCUCCCUCCCUCCCCCUCAAAAAAAUACAAUUACUCUUUUUGCUUUCGAGAAAUAUUACUUUUUGGUUGUGCGUUGAAUUACAUAUGGUAUAUACUAUAGUGGUGUCUAACGAGUUUCAAGGGAUGUAUUAUAAAAUAUAUAAGGUUUAAUAAUAGGUUAUAAUAAAAUAUAUAUAAGGUACCUAUUGUAGUAUAGAAUUAUUGCUCUUGGGCUCGCAACGGAAAGCGUCUACGAAAAAUAUAAUAUAAUAUUGUACUGGAGAAAGCACGCGCGCGAUGAUGGUUUAGUGCGGCGUGUCAUAUCUGAUUAACGAUUGAAAUAACAUAGGUACAUCGAUUUAGCGUUCUAUAUUAAUAUUAUAAAACGAGUUUUUUUUUUUAAUAUUAUACUAUAAUAUAUACGCGACGAACCUCAUCGACGGCGAUAAAUCGUCUUUUUAUCGUGAGAUUUAAUGGGUUAUAAUUGAAAUAUAAAUCACUGUUAUGGUACACUGUAUAUAGGUAGGUAACCAAACCUAUACAGUGUAUGUUAUGCAUUUUGCACCGCGGUGGCAAUGUUACUCAGAUAACAUUAUAAAAAUUAAAAUUUUGGGAAAGUAGGAUAAUAUAUCUUAUAUAUAUAUAUAUAUAUGAUAAUUAAAUUUAAAUACUAUAUAAUGCGACGAUAAAUUAAUGCAAAGUGAAAUUUCGGGAUAAGCGGUUUUUUUUUAACAUAAAUUUAAAUUAAAAAAGUUAUUAAUUUGUAUUUUCAAAAUACUUUCGGUGUUUUUUAACGAAUAUUAUCGUAUAGAUUUGAACUUAAAACUUUUUCGAAAUUAACGCUCUACUUUUUUAAAUUUUUUUCCCCCCAAAAGUAUAUAAUUUCUAAUGAAUCUAGGGGUAGGACGCAUAAAGUUAUUUAAUUUAUAUCUGUACGCAACCAAAAAUCAUUGAUAACAAAAUACGAUUCCGAAUGAAGUUUUGAAAUGUUGUAUCAUUUUUAUGAUUUUCGUAAACAUACUAUCUCAAAUCACUUGUAAAAAAACCUACCACAUAAGUACAUUAGGUACUAUUUUUUUUUACUACUAAUUAUAACUUAUAAUAAACCUCGUGUAAAUUUUCAAACAUUUUCGUUUGGUAAAACCCUAAAUAAAAUUACAUAAAACUGAGUAUAAACUAAAAAAACUUGAAAAGGGCGAAUGCUUACAAAUAACUUAAAAAUUGUCAGAAUGUUUUGAAAAUUUUACCUCGUUAAGAAAAAUAUUCUGUAUAAAUUUCAGGUCUCUAUGAUUAAACAAAACAACAAAGUCAAAAGUAAUCAAAUCGUUACAUUCCCAUUUUUCUUACAUAUUUUUUUUAGUUUAUUCCAUUUAUAAGGAAAACCACAAAGAAACUCUGGCCAUUUUAUUCUGAGCAAAAUUUCCGGUAGAAAAACAAAAUUAAAAUUGAAAACAUUUUAAAUAACGAAAUCGUUACCAAUAUAUCAAAUAGAUCCAAAAUUGUAUAUAGAAGCUCACUUCUUUUUUGAUUAGAAUAAGAUAUCUGGUAUAAAAAUAGUUUAUAGACAACGAAAAAGAAAAGCUCACACCAUAGAAAAACUACUAUAUUCCUCGCUACGCUCAGAAUCUAGAACAAAUACAAAAAUCACAUUAUUACAUUAUUAUAGAAAAAAUAAUACGUACCUCGCUUUACAUAGAAUCUACAAAAGAUAAUUAAAUUAAGCGUUGUUUUUUCAGAGCUUUCAAUAAUUUCAACGCCAUUUUUCACGGUUAUAUAGUACGUUUUCGAUGUUAGUUUAGGUGAGGUUAUGCUAAUAUUACGAAAAUCCCGAUAAAAAUGUAAUCACAUCUUGAUUAUUUAAAUACAACGAUAUAAUCUUUGUCGAAGACAAUGCUAAUAUUAUUAUGUUGUUUUUGUUAAAUGUUUUUUUUUUUUUUUAAUAUAAUAUUCAUGGCACGUAACUGCCGAAUGAAACGUUGAUAUUAUCGUGUACAAUACUCUACGCUUGAAAUCGCGUCUUGAUACCGGUUAUUUUAUCAUAAAAUAUACAUGCGUUUUUGCGGUAAAUAAUACAGAUUGCCGUACGAUAUUUAGCCGACAAGUAUAAAGUUAAAUUUUUUUUAAAUUAUGUUGUACUGAAACGCUGUUUCGCAAGUCGACCACUACAUAAAGUUAGGAAAUAUAACCUAUAUAAUAUUGUACGUUUUCCGGUGUAAAUCGACUCGUCGGAGACUAUAAUAUGUCAUCAAAACAUAAUAUUAUUACUCAUUUUAAGUGUCUUCGCCGUUCGGAGACAAGACUCGAUAGUUUCGGUUUCAAACAGACCUUUAUUGUGGAAAAAAAAAACCGAAAAAUUUUAAAAACAAUGUUAUGGUCAAGUCCGAAAGUAGUAAUACAUUUACGACUUAAUAAUAUAUAAAUAUAUAAUACAUAUUGUAUCUAUCGUCGAAAUAUAUUAUCUUUGCGCGAACGAGUGAGAGGUUAAAUAUUUAUUCGGAUUGCGAUGACAAUCUUCGACCGGCUGCAGAGUUUAUACCCUUUAUAAAUUGGAUUCUUUAAAUCCGGUGGAGAUCUUAUCCAUUGAAAAAGUUUUAAAACUAUCGUCGUCGUUCGCGUUUUUAUUGCUCGGGCCGUUGGUUUACUAUACAGAGUGAUCAAUAAAAUACUUAUUAUCUUGGAAAAUUUUGACUUGUUCUGAAUUUUUUUUUUUGGAAAAUUUCACAAACAAGUAGCUCUAAAUUUGUUUUUUUUUUCGUUAUUUUUGUUACCAUUAUUUUUGGGCGUAAAACCACUAACCACUUUUGAUUUUCAAACAGCUGUAUUAAAAAUUCCUUAAUUUAAUAUAAUUAUAUUUUGGUAUUGACAUUUGUAAUUCUUAAUCCAAAUUUUAGUAGUUUAACUAAAAAUUCAUCAAUUUAUAGUAAUUUUUUUUUUGUUAUUUAAAAUCAAAAUAUUGCAGAGUAGUGGUGUCACCCUCGAAAAUAACUAUAGUUUCAUAUUUUAGAACUGAACUGCUUGUCAAAAAAAAUAAUAUAAAAAUCCAAAAAAAUCAAUACUUCCGAGAUAAUGGGUGUCUUAUCGAGGAAUGAUCACUAUGUAUAAUAUUUAAAAUGCGUCUUAUGGACAUAAUCAUACAUAAUAGUACAUAGUCGGGCCUCUGGCCUCUGAGUAAAAUAUCCGAUUAAAUGCGGUCGAGUAAUAUGCGAUGUUUACCUGCAAGCAGCAUGUUCGACCGGGGCUCAUUAUAACCCGUUUCCGUUUUGAGUACACUACACCUUUCCCUUUUCCUCCAAAUGAGAUAACGGGCGAUAUCCGUUUUCAUAUUAUCAUAAGUGCAUAUAAUUUUCACAAACUUCCUUUUUUUAUAACGAUUUUUUGUUUGUUUUAUUAACUAUAAUUUAAACGAUAAAAGUUGCACAAUGAAUAUGUUAUGAUUACGUUACUAUUUUUCUGUAAAGAAAUUCUUGACGUUACGUCAAAGUUCAAAUAGUACGAUAGUCAUUAGUAAAAUGGAAAACACACUUUUCGUACCACCUCGCAUUUAUUGUCACAUUUCCAAAAAAAAUGUUGUUUAUCUUUUAACCGGAUUCUCGUCAUUUCGUGCAUGUUAAUACUUGAUAUAAUAUUGGAUAAAAGUUUUUCCGGUUCACGGUUAUAAAAAGGUCAUUUUGGUGACCUUACAGUUUACCCACAAUACGUUAAUUCAAACGUACAUACAUUUUCUCUCACGAACCGUUACCCGUAUAAUUUCAUAUUUUCAACAAAACUGUAUUAUUGUGUUACUUCCGAAAUACAACUAAAUGUUGAAUCUGUCGAGAAAAUUGUUGGAUACGAAAAUAUUUUAUCUGCGUGCGUUGGAUAUUGAAACAUGAUUAUAUGAUUGGGACGAUUUUUCCCACAUUAUAAACAAUAGUAGAGACACUUUUACUCUGGCAUACAUUUAAAACACGGUUAAUAGGAACACACAGGACUGAUAAGAAAUUAUAUCAGUAAAAUUAUUACGCUGGAUCCAAUAGAAAUUUAGUUGGCAACAAUGAAUUUUGGAACCAGUCCAACAAUAAAAUGUUAUCAAACUUUUAAGGUUUUCGUAAUGAAUAAUAUAUAAUAAUUUUGAUUGAAAAUCGCUUAACUUUAGAAGAUGCCCUUAUAAUAUCGUUGGCUACAACCAGAGGAACGUAUGAACUAGAAACGAAUUUGAUUUUUAAUGCAUAUUAACCGUUUUUAGCCUAACCUAACCCAACCUAUUUUUAAAAAAACAAUUUAAUAGACAUGCGUAUUCAAUGUAUAGUUCAAAAGUUUCAUUUAGAUGAUACGCGUUCAACUGGUUUAACUUUCUAGCCGACGGUAUUUCGUCGUGUUUAAAGAUGACAAUUAUAGAGAAUAACAUAUGGUACCUAUAUAUUUGAAAAAAAAACCCAUUAUGCUCGAUCCAUUUAUUUCGAUAUGAAGUUUUAUUUUUCGCUACGGUAUAUUAUUACAUAUUUAGGUGAUAAAUAUUAUUUAAAAAUUACUUUUCUAUCGAAUUGAGAAUGAAAACACAAGUACUUCGGUACUUUCGAUAUGAUUACAACCAUUUAUUAUUUAGGUAGGUAUUGCGGGAUUAAAAUUUGAUAAUUGUCAUAAAAUAUAUCGUCGUGAUUAUUAUGUCACAGAUUCCCCAAUUCCGAAUACAUAAACUAUUUUUUAUGCAAAUUCAUCUGGCCCGAAUUCACCUGGCAUUUGUUGCAGUUUUUCUACAAUUAAUCGACAUUGAUCUGCUAUACAGUAAUCAAAUACCUAAACACUAUACCUAUAUACAUGCCAAUUGCCUACUUUUUAUCGUGAACCAUGUCUCGUUAAAAACUACUCAUACUCGUGUUUAUUGUAUAUCUUAUUAUUGUCCUUGGAAACACUAAAUAUUAUUAUACGUUGUUUUAUAGUUUUGUUUUCGAACGGACAUUUUUAGAUUUUAUUAACGAUAUAUUAUAAUACGUAGAGAAAAGUGUUGUUUCUUUUUUUUUUAUUCAAUUACAACGUAUCUAGUAUUCGUAAUAUUUAAUCAAAAUUUGCCGCGGGUUUCAUGAUUGAGCCUUUCUUAUAAUUUGCAUAGUUAUAUUUGUACUCCGUGCUUGCAAAUAAAUAGAACCAUUGAUUUAAAAUAUAUAGACAUAAAUUCAAUGAUAGAACUAAUAUUAUUAUGUCGAUCAAUGUUGCGUUUUAUAUAUUACAAUAAUUUAUUUGCAAAAAAAAAAAAAAUACAUCUAGCAGUGUUGUAACAGUCCAGUUAUUUAUUUUCCUGAUGUAAAGGCUGAAGUCUCACUGCCCGGCCUACAAAAUGUUAUUUCUGUACAUUUCUGGAAUCAAAUUUUGGUUGUAUUUAUAAUUAUUUAUAUAGUAUUAAAAUUUCGAAAUUCUCUGUUUGAUGACCUGGAAAUCGUACAAUCCUAAGUACCAGAAGAAAAUAUUGGACUGUUGACAUAUUUUAACGUUAUAAUCGGUUGUUAUUUUCAAAGCGGUUUAUAGUUUAUUUAAAUAUUUUAAAAAAUAACCACUGUAUCCCACUUUCCCAUUUAGCAACUAUUUUUUAAUUAUACAUAACAGAAAUCAAGUUAAACACGAACUAUAUUUUAGUAUAGUUAUUAUUUGUCUAUAGGUUAUUUAAUUUGUAACGUAUACGCGGAAUCAGCGUCUUACGCACGUAAAAUAACUAAAAUAUUGUAAUCGAUUGUGAAAAGUCAAUUUAAACGAGAAAAAUAAUAACAUUAAUUAUCCAGUUUUGAAAUAUUAUACAAUUCAUUAUGAUAUAAUUGACACGAACGUUUGUAAUUUAAAUUAUUUACUUAAUUUCAAAUACACUUAUUAAAUCUACAGUUUAAUAUUUCGUUUUCUCAGUUAAUGCGUGAGGCAAAAAUAAUUAUUAUUUGUGUUGAACAUUAUCUUAUUUACAAUAAAUGAGCGGGUACAAAUACGGUUUAAAGAGUAGGUAUUAUAAAACAGUUUUAUAUUUUAUAGGUAAAGAAUAUAAGGUACUAUAAAAAGUAUUCAUUGCCAAAAUGAUAUACUAUGAUGAAGAUAGAAAAAAAAAUAAAUAAAAAUAUAUUUUCACUUAGAUAUUAUAUCUUUUUUAUUAUUAUUUUCAAAACCGAUUUUUCUUAACGGUUUUGUGACUAUGCAGAAGCACUAAUCGAAAAUAACCCGUCUGAUCAAAUGUUUUUUUAAUAAUAAUACAAUAUUUUGUAUUAUGUUCUUUUCCCCAAACAAAAUCAUUGAAGUUAAGCUUAGUAAAAAAAAAAAAUACCAGGUGAUUCAUUUAAGCGGGUAUACUAAUUAUCUCGGAAACCAUUAACUUUUUCUGGAAUUUUUUUCUAGAACAUUUAAGAAAUAAGCUGCUCCACAAUUUUAUAUUUAUGCUAUUUUUGUCAUCCUUAUUUUUGAAGGUAAAACAACUAUCUACUUUUGAUUUUCAAAUGGCAACCCAAUACCCUUAUUAAAAAGUACAUAAAUAGAUUGAGUAUUAGUUAAAAUAAAUUUUAGUGUUGAAAUUUUUGAUUUCUGUUAAGCCGUUGACGAGAUAUACCAUUUUUAAUUUUAGGUUGGAGGAAAGUAGGUGCAUUUUUAACACGCUCUCGCCGUACCGUCACACUAAUAAUACUCCUCUUCUCUCCGCCAACCUAAACUUAAAAGUGGAAUAUCUCGUCAACGGAUCUACGGAGAUCAAAAAUUUCAACACUAAAAUUAAUUAUAAUUAAUACUUCAUCUAUUUAUGGAAUUUUUAAUAUAGGUUGCCAUUUGAAAAUCAAAAGUAGGUAAUGUUUUUACCCCCAAAAAUAACAUGAAUAUAAAAUUGUGUAACAGCUUAUUUCUUAAACAUUCUAGAAAAUAAAUUUCGGAAAAAGUUAAUGCUUUCUGAAAUAAUGAGUGUACCUACUUAAAUGAAUCACCUGGUAUAUAUAAAUAAUAUAAUAUCCGAGUAGUGUUUUCACAGAUUUCUUCCUCUAACUAGGUACUAUUUCCGUGUAUCAUAUUUUAGAUUUUGAGUGAAAUUGAUUUACAAUGUUGUUUUUUUCUGUGAACAACUUUUCUAUCAGCAAUGUUACUCCGAUUUUCAAGUGUAGCUGUACAUUUUUUGAAAGAAAAUUUUUUCAAGAUGGUACUUUAGUGAGUUAAUUUUUUGAUUUUCUCAGGGGUUUUCAUAAUAAUUAGAUAAGACCGAGAAGAAGCGUAGGAAAAACGGAAAAAUUUACGAAAUGUGUUAUUUUUAAAUCGUAAAUAUUAUGGUCUUUCAAAACACGUGUAACUGAACUCUGCUCAGAAUCGUUUUUCAUUAGCAAUUGUUAAUCAUUACCUACAGAUAUACAUUACAUUUUCCAUCUAUAAUAGUCUCCCACCCAUCGUGCAAAAUAUGUUCGUUUUUUUUUAUAAUUAAUAUUGUGAUGCAAUUUAACUAGUUUUGAAAAACAUCAAUAGUUCUAUUGUGUUUGGUUCCAUUUGGUUCAGACAUAGUAUUUAGAAAGCAUAUCACCAAAAUACACUUACUUGACUUACUAUAAAUUUAACUAUGAUUUUUGAUUUAACAAAACUUAAUAAUAAAAAAUAAAUUAUUACUUGACACUCGUAUUACACACGGUUCGUCAGUGUUAAAUGAAUCGAAACAGAUUCUUAAUUUUUUUUUCCUCAAAAUUCAUAUGAAUUAUAGAGCCUCACUGAUUUAUUGCAAACGUUGCUUUGUUCUGUGUCCGUGACUGGAAAUUGUGCAACAAAAUAGUGUCGAAACACAGCAGACGUCGGAGGCUUAAAACCGGUUAAAUUUUAUUAAGGGGUUCAAAACAGUAACGGUUAGGGCUUUUCUUUGUGCGCAGAAAAACGAUUUUGCCUUGAAUUAUUACAUUUUUUUUUUUUAACAGUAGUACCUAACUAGUUCAUUUACUGAUCAACUGUGUGUACUGUACCUAUAAUACAUAUUUAAAUUGAAUUUAUUCUCAAUUUUGUAUAGAAUCAUGUUCAGAAUAACAUUAAUCAAUUUCAACAACAAUAAUUAAAUUAUUUUAAAAAUGCAUUGCAUGUGAUGGUAUAGUUGUUAUCUUGUUAAGAAUUAUUAUUUUGCAUUGUUGUAUAGAACAUUUUGUUUGUUUGUAUAUAUAUGUGUGUCUGUAGUAAAUGUUUGUACUUACCAUCACCCCCGUUAUAAACAAAACAUAAAUAGUUUUUUUUUUUUUUUUAAAUUGACUGUUCUAUAUGGUUCUAUUGUCUUACUUCUCCAACCACCCGUGAUCCGUGAUUAACCCACUCAUUUUGUUUAGACACAGGCCUAAAAAAAAAAAAAAAAAUACCACAGUUAUUUUGUAUACUUUUUUUUAUUCUAAUGGAAAAUAAUUUACUAAAUUAAUUUUAUUUAUUUUAAAAUGCUAACUUGUACAAGUAGUACGGUUUUUUUUAAAAAAAAAUAUCGUACUACAGUUAAUUUUCUGCCAAUGGAUAUUACAUAUUCACGCAUUUCCACGUAUUUAUUAUUCAUUAGUCAUUAUUAUCGUUCGCGAUAAUACCAAACGGCUAAAAAAAAAAAACAAACAAAACAAACAAAACAUCAAAACUUUUAUAAAAUGCAUUGUAAUUUACUUAAUUGUGUGUUACUAUAGUAUUAUUUUUUUGCUGGCAAUGUUAUCUUGAUAAUAUUUCGAAGUGUGUAAAAUGUAAAAACCUAUUUACAAUACUGUUACCAUAUUAUUUUUUAUUCGUAUUAAUAAAUUUUCAAUUUUCGUCAUUUAAUAUACAGAAUAAAUCAAUUUUUAAAAGCAGAUAAGGACGUUCAGAAGGUGUUCGUAUACAUGUUAAAAUAUAUAAUUAAUAUACGGUGGCGUAGUCAAAAGUCUAGCAGGGGAGGGAAAACUAGACAAACACCUGCGUAUACAUAAGUUUAACUAUCUUAUAAUAUAUUAAUUUAUAAAAUAAAUAAAUAAGUCAAAUAGUUAAAAAUAAAUUAAGUAGAUAUUAUUCUCAUCAGUCUUGUAGUUGCAUUCUCCUUGCAAAAUAUGUUUUUAAAACUUACAUUAUUUCCUCUACUGUUACGUUUUCAUCAUUAUUUAUAAUUUUAACAACCAAGUCAUCAUUAAUCAACCCAACAGCUUAACUUCUGAUAUUGUUGACCAAAGGUAGUUUUUGAUUCUUUUAAAAACAGAAAACGUACGUUCAGAAGUUUCCAAAUUAAUAACUGGUAUUGUGAAUAACAACUGUAAAUGGAUUUUUAAUUUUCGGUAAAAGGUCUUUGCAGUAUUGCAUUGCUUCUAAUACAGUUUGUGGUAGAAUUUUUUGUGUCAUUCUAUUGAUUUGUAUACAUUAUAUGUAAUUGGUGUAAUAGUUCACCACUUGAGCUAUAUAAUAUAUGGCAUGAUGUAAAUCAUUUUGGUGUGUAUAAAUACGGACUAACAGAAGACCCUUCGAACUCCUUAAAUACGCCACUUUAAAUGUAUACCUAUAUAGACUUAAUAAAGUCCACAACCAUCAGACGACAUUAAUAAUAUAACAAAAACCUUUCGGUAUUAUGGAUUUUUUCGUUUUCCGUACAUUAAACCUUUGUUUACCUGCCUAUGUACACGCGAGAACUAGUAAAUUAUUCGUUGACCACCAACCAAUUUAGUAUUUUAUAAUAUUAUCCAAUAAUAUAUUUUCGGUAGGUAGUCUAAAACGUAUAUCACGUGCGCACGUUGUAUUAUAAAAUAUUCGUCACAUUUUUUAUUACAAACGACGAAUUAAUUUAUUUUUUUUAUUAGGAUGCCGAACGAAUAAUAUCGACCUACGCGUUUUUUACUAUACGAGUGUACCACGGUCAUGUCUACAUGGUAUAAUAGGUGCUCGUACUUACUUUUCGUUAUUUCGUUUUUGGUUUCGCGUAAAAUCCGUUUAUUUUGCGCGUAUACGCGAUUAGACUGUGCGCGUUUUGGACUCGUGCCAUCCCCCCUGACCCGAUCAUAUAAAAUACUGUUCUCGUAAACACAUAACAUCAUCGUGUCACGAAAAAAACGUUAAUAAAAAAAAAUGCCCUUUGAACGUUUCAAAUGUCACAAGUGUAAUGCACGUAUCUGCCACUAUACACGAUAAUAAUAUAAUUAUUAAUUUUUGUCGAAAGUUCAUCGUCAGUAUAAACGAGUCUGACACGCUAAUAAACCUCUCGUCAAAUUGUCCUGCGUUUUCGCUCGCUAUCUGCAGCUGUCGCAGUCGUCGCCCGGUGAAUUUUCUGUAAUAAUUUAAUACAACACUAAUAAUAAUUUAUUAUAAUAACCUUGUAUUUUAUUCGGUCGUGUGCAGUGAUCGUUAUUAUUAUGGUGUUAUCGACGACAAAUUUAAUGUAUAAUAAGUUAUUAAUAGAACAGUUGUCAGCUGUCCUCAAGCUCGUGCAAUGGUAAGAAUAUAACCGUAUAUUAUUUUAAUAUAAUUAUGGUAAUGUUUAUUUACUUUUUUUUUAUGUAUUUCCGGAAACGCACCGAAUGAGUAAUCUUGUUGACGGAUUGGUAGGUGGUACACUUGACUUGAAUCAGGCGGUGUUGCCAAAAUGACACAUGCAAUUUCAUGAGACGUUAAAAAUUAUUAUAACAGCAGACACAAUGAAAUGUAUUUCGUGAUAUCGUUUGCGUGAAUAGGUACUUAUAUAUAGGUAUCUACUAUCUAUACUAGAUAGGUAUCUAGUUCCUACAAAGAUCUCAGACAAAAUGAUUUUGAUUUUGUAAAUCGAUUUAUUUGACAUUUUUUUCAACUCUGCUGCUCUGGGUAUCUACAAGACAUUUUUCAAGUAGGUUUUUUGUAUAAUAAUGGACACACAGUUAAGUCUUUUGGACACUUAGUAAAGUAACAUUUUGAUUAGAUUAUUAUGUGUCCAUUAGAAAACACAUGAUGAAUUAUUGAAUUAGUAGAUUUUAUGACGAAAUAUUGCAUUGAAUACAAAAAUACUCUCACUGUGGGGAUGGGGUAUUUCUGCAAAGUCCAAAAGCUAAGAGUUAAGUGAAUUAAGGUUUAAUUUAUCUGCUCGUGUGGACCUUUUUUUAAGAGUGAACAAAUGGACACGCUGUGGGUUCACUAAAAAAUGUCUGGAUAUCUGUGUGCAAAAUGUGAAUUAUAAAUUGAAAUUUGACUUAAAACUCAUUUACUAGUAUAGUAUGUCGUAAAACCAUAAACGCAAGUUUAACUAGUCGGUUGCAUUGCGGGUUUCUUCAUAUUUGUUAAUACGUUCGAUCGUUCGUAUGUGUAAUCAUCUGGAUAAUAUUAUCAUUAUCCAUCCAUUCGAAUAAUACUUAUUAUUAUUCCGUGCGAGUGCAUUGAUUUGCACCAAUGUAAUUGAAUUUAUUAUUCCGUUUACUAUAUUAUUGUGUCGACACUAUAUAUAUCAACUUCGUAAAUAAGGAAGUGUAUCAGACUUGUAUUUGACGCACGCGUGUACGCGAGAAAUUAUGAAAAUAAUAUUGCACGACCUUCGUACGAGCGACCGAAACGAUAAAUGAAAAUGACAUGAAUAAAUACCUUUUUCAAGUCUAAAUGUCAAAAACGAUUUGGCUUCAUAAAAACUGCAUAAAAAUGUACCAACUAUUUCUAUGACCAAGUCUGGAUAAUAUGUAUAUGUGAACAUUGACUAUUUACAAUAUUGCAAUACUUCGCUUAGUUGCAAUAAAUCAGUAUAAUAUCGGUUGAAUAAUAAAGGUAUCAAUUUCAAUUUUGAACAAAAAAUAAACCAAACAAAUUGAAGUUUAUUCGAAAAUCGAUGAAAAAUGCACGAGUUCUAGGAAAUGGUUUAUGAAAAUAAAACCGAAGAAUCUCCUUAAAUCUUUUAUGGAAAGUUGUCUGAAUGUUGUCCGGCAGUGUCUAAAAUGUUGAGAAACACAUAAGUAUUUCAAUAAUAAUUAAAUAAGUAAUAUUUCAAUAUUGUUCGAACCGCAGGAAAUUGUGAUUUCUACGUUGUAUCUAUAAAAUAUAUCGGUAAUGUAAUAUCUAUAUGAUUUUAAUAGAAUUCAAUAUUAUUAUUUUUAUUAAUAUUUAGAAAAAUAAUUGGAUAUAUCACGCAAGGGUCGAAAGUUUACGUUUCGUUUCUCGGUUAUAUUCCUAGGAUGUCACCAUCCUUGUGCGUAAGAAAUUUUAUGAAAAAUACGUAUCAAUAAGAAAAUAUAGAAAUUCUCAUUAAUUUACAAGUAGUCCUGUAGUCACAUUAUCACGAUGUGUGUUUAAUUGUAUAAUCGUGAAAUUCAAUAAAAAUAUAAAAAAAAAAAAAAAAAACACGUUCACUCAUCUCUAAUUUUUACCGCGUUUUACGUUAAAUUGCAGAUCAGACGGUUUUUCGCGUUCCAAAACGCCCGUACUAACUUUUUCUCGAAUGGUAUACGGCCGGUACUUGAAUGUGUGGACGAACGCAAUGGAAGCGUCUCUAAUAUUUUUCAUUAUUAUUAUUAUGAUUUUUUUUUUUUAUCGUUCCCUUACUGAUUAUGAAUACUAUUAGAACAAGGGGACGGUACGUCUCUUUUUACAUAUAACGAUAUGUUAAAAAAAUAAACGCGUGUUAUCAGCUUAAUUACCGUAUAUUAAACUUUUAUUUUAAAUAAUAUAUAAUAGUAUUAACGGUAUAAUGUACACGAACAUAAUAUUAUGCGUGAUAAAUAACCCCGUGGGUUAGGUUGAUUUCGAUAAAUACAAGGUACGUUAGUUUAUUUUUAUUUUUUAAGUCUCGUACUUGCGGUCCAAGGGCGUUAUUUCACAUUUUUUCACGGGAUGCAAAAAGAAUAUUUGAAAAUUUAACAGCAGAACCGUUCGCUUUGAUCGCGUACCACUCGAAGGACAAAAUUAAUACAUUUUCGUAUACAAUUCAAUUUUUCAAUUGCAACAUAUUGAUUAUUGAUAAUAUCUACAGUAUUCACGAAUGUAUUUCAAUAUAUCUUAGUAUAAGUAUUAUAAAUGAACACUAAUGAAUUGGGUAUGAAGAAAGAUAUAGGUACUCAAGUAACUAUAAUUAUUUGACCUGACUUAUUCACAAACAUAAAUUGUUCACCAUUAUUUAAUUUUAUGUUCGAUUCCUUGACCUUGUUAAUAGCAUCUAAAAGUGACACAGGCACUUGGGGUAGAAGUUUUUGUCUUUCACGAUACAUAGACUGUCUCACAGCAACAAUAUUAUCUGCACUCACUGUUGACAUGCAUAAUUCUUACCUCAUAAUUUUCAAUAGUUUUUCAUAUAAUUGUAACUCUGAUGUACGUUUAACGGCAUAUUAAAUUUCUUUUAACUCUGUAUGAGUUUCUUUAUUUUCAUGAUUAGGUUCACACAGGCACUGUCGCGGUCGCUCUCUUUUUAUAUUUUAAUUUCGAGCCCCGGUGGUUAGGAGGCGUAUAUAAUUAGCAUAUAUUGACGACGAAAAAAAACCGUAUUUUUCUGCGAUAAUAAUAUCGCAAAAUAUCGUACACGAUAUAAUAUUGCGCAUAUUCACGCAGUAUGUCGCGCGGAGUGUUUAAUUGUCAACUUCCGCGCACCCGUUCCAAUUAAUUCGUCUGCGCGCGGUACCCGCGCCCCGCCGCGUUCGUUUUCGUUCCAUUAUUGGCCGUGUACACUGACGCGACGCUUAAUAAUAUCAAUUUAUUAUCAUAACGUAACCGUUAUAUAACACUCACCGCAAAGAAAAAUGCUCGUUUUAUUAUAAUAUAAUUAGAGGAAUCGGAACUUAUUGCGCUUAAAAUCCACAAAAAACCGCUUAAAAAACAUCAAAAAGUACUGAAAAAGCACUUGAAAAAUAUUUGAAAAAGCAAAAACGGCAGAAGUGUUUAAAUGUCCUGGGGGACAUUAGAGGGGGGCUCUAACGGCUUUAACUUAUUAAACACAAUUUCCUAACGUUACACUAAUUAUUAAUCCAAAGUUAUUUUUUUUCUAUAAUACGUAUACAAUUUUACUUCAACUUAAUUAAAAUUAAUUAACUUUUUAUUAAUCAUUCGUGUCAUUUAUUAUAUUUAAUAAUUUAGAAUCGUUAGACAAGAGACCGUGUUUAAACCUUUCUACUAUUUGGUCUAUAAUAAUAUUUACUCGAAGUGCUUUUUUUUAAAAUGCGUUUUUAAGUAUUUUUUUGCGAAUUUUAAGUGCAAUAAGUCCCGUGCCCUAAUUAUAAUAUACGCGCGUACGUAUCAGACGAGAACACGAUCGUCGCGGUUGUCUAGUCGGAUUUUUACAUUUUGUUCGAGUUUUGUAUUCAUUCCGAUCCAUACGCGUGCACGUCGCGUCGGAUAAAAAUCCAUUUAUUCCGUAUAUAAUGCGGAACGCGCAGAGAACGUCGCCGUUUUAACAUCGUAUACCUACUUGUUAAAACGAUAAUUUUUUUCCACAUAUAUUAGAAAACUUUGAUAGCCUAUACCCGCGUAUAACGCAUUAUUGUUAUUAUUACUAUCUAAUAGGUAUAGGUAUAAGUAAUAUUAUGUAGGUCGAAUACCUAAGCACCUAUUGUUUUUUGUUUUUAUCGGUUAUAAUAUUACAAUGACCGUCAUGUUUAUUACACAAAGGUGUAGAAGAGUGUUCGUUUUAUCCAAAAAUCAAUUAAAACGGUAUAGUGUUAUUAUUAUGUAUGGUAUACGCGUACAAUAAGCAGACGAUACUGUUGUUCCGUAUUCAAAGGGGUGGUAUUAGCUAUAUUACACCUCUCCACCAUAAAGGGGAGUGACUGCGUGUAGGGCGUGACACACACCCCCGUGAACGUGGGAAAUUAACCAUCGAGCCGACAAUUAAACGAUAAUUCGUUUACAAAAUUAAUCAUUUUUUGGUUUUUCGUUAGGUAUUUUAUUACACGAUUACCGUUAUGUUAUCGUCAAAUUUCAAACUCAUCGAUGGAAAAAAAUAAUUGGCAAACAUUUUAAAAUCAUUUUUCGAAGUCUGUGAAUUUGGUAUUUGAAGUAGGUAGUUUUUAAUCGCACGUCACUAUUGAUUUUUUACGAACGCCGGCUGUGAUACUAAAAACGAAUCUGAAACUUUAUUAAAAUAAAUUAAAGUUAUAGUUUUAUUUGAUGCAUUUUUUUAAUUAUAAAAUAAAGAUAAAACAUAACAUAUAUUUAAUAGAAAACUAUUAGUUAGCCAUGUGCAUACAUUUUAAACAUUGACAUACAAUUUUUCCCGAGAAAAAAAUGUUCAUAAAAAUUUACAUCUUAAUUAAUACAAAAUUAACACACGCCACAAAAAAAGAAAAGGCCGUAGUAAUAUCGAAAAACAAAAAAUUUAAACAACGUUACAUUGUGCAGUACUUGGAAAGCGAGCAUUAAAUGGAAUAGCAAAACAUGAAACGGCAAUACGGUAAAACCUCGAUUAUCCGAAUCUCCGUUACACGAAUCCUCUGUUAUCCGAACGUUAAAACUCGUCGAAGCACUCGUACACCCGCGGCCGGCCAUCAAUUUUAAAAUUAUCGCAAUUUAUUAUUAAUACAUACAUAUAAACCAUACAUAUAUGCAUAUAGACAUACAUGUAUGUACGUCUGUUAAUAGAUAAUCGAGACGCGAUGUGUUUAUCUAAACCUAUCAAACGUCAAUGCGCGUUGAAGCGCUCGUAAUAUUAUUAACAUAUUAUUAUGUUCCUAUGUACUUUAUGGUUAUUUAUUUCUGAAUGCAUAAUGUAUUCUAAAUACAUAUAAUAAAUAUGUAAUAGAUAAUAAUAUAUAAUUUAUAAUUGUAUGUUUAAAAAAAAAUUGUUAUUUUAAACAAUUUCCAGUAUCCGAACUAGGUGCGGUCCCAAUCAGUUCGGAUAAUCGAGGUUCUACUGAAUUUGGAAUAGUGAAGAUUAAAAUAAAAAAAAGAACUAGAACAGAAAGAUCUGGAACAACUCUUGUUUUUUUUACAUUUAUUAUUAUUAUUAUUAUUAUUUUAUGACAAAAAAUGAGUCGUUUCAAAUUUUGACUUUUCGUUCCUAAGUUAGCCUUGUCAAAAACAGACGUUACACGUUUUGUCAAUCCAGAUAAUGUUAUGCGUUCUUAUUUGAUAGUGGAAGUUUAUUUUUGUUUUCAACAUUAUUUUAAGACUAGAUCGUGUGCUUCUCGUUUUUGAAAAACGAUUAUACUAAAACAAUUUUACGGGCGUGUUCUGCGCAUUAUUAUAUUCUAAAAUUAGACAAAAUUAGUUUUUCUCUAUUACCAUAUUUAUUGUUUUCCGGGUUUUGACGCAAAACGUCGGCAAAACGGAUUCGUCUGUUAAAGAGUUAGGACGUGCUUUAACCGAUUGAUCCGAGACACGCGACUGUCAUGGAUAAUAAAUAAUAAUAUGCUGAUCAUUAGGAAAGCCAUAAUUUACAAUAUUAUUUUAUCACUGUUAUAAUAUCGGCUUUAUUAUUUUAAUUCUGAGUGUAUUAGUGAAGAAACUAUUCGUUUUACUAUAAGAUUUGUUGUUUUUUCAUUUAUGGAGAACACUUUUUUUGGUUACUAAAAAUGUUAGAAAUUGUUCACACCUUAAACUUAAAAGAUGAUGUAAUGGCAUUGAUUGCCGCUCAGUGUAAAUCACUGACUCUGCAAAAAUUAACUUCCCUAAUAUUUAACCUUCCCUUACCCUGGUAAAAUUUUCUCCCUUCAUAAACUAUCAGAGGGUAAAAUUUCACUGGAGAAAUUUGACCGAGAAGAGUUGUUAAAAUUAGUAAUAUUUGUCCAAAGAGAUAAAAUAUCAUUAUAAAAGUUAAUAAUCACUGGCACACCGGAGUGAUACUUUAUUUGAAAAAAUUCCCUAGUUACCAAUAUUUUUUUUAAAUUAUGAAAAGAAAAACUGUAAAAACAAAAUUGACGAUACAUAUGUCAUAUUUUUGUAAAUUUCCAGAUUAUCUUAGCCAUAAGAGGAUAUAAACACGACUGUUUAAUUUUACCAAAAAUAUACCGUAAUUCGUUUAGAAUCGUUUUUUGAAUGCAAUGAUUUAUGGUUAUUUUCAGAAUAUAAAUUGUAAAUUACCCUGUGUUCUAUAAGUGAUAGACGUCUCACCCGCACAACAGUAGCCUAUUAUAGGUACUCAUGGUGCGAGAACGUUAUCCCAGUGGAAAAUUGUAUUUCGAUCCUACGUAUUAGUAUAAUUAAUUAAAAAUUGUGCUAAUGAAAAAACAAAAAUCUAUUAAUAGGUAUCCGACGAUUCGGAUACCUAGUUCUCGUUUUAAUUUGUUUUUGAGCGUGUACAGGAAUCGAUUACGAGAAAAUGUCAUCGCUGCAGGAUAAAGGUUAUAGAGGUUAUUUUUUAACAGUUACGUUUUUUUUUUUUUUUUACACUGUAUUGUCGCCGUGUGUGCAAUACGAGUUGUACCGUCGUUGUAAUAUCGAUAUUCGAUACAUUAAAAAAAACAAAAACAAAAAAACCACUCACCGUCGUCAAGUAAAAGGUUAGGUUAGGUACCGGUGUCGUUAACGCGAUAAAAGUGGUUUUUUUUUUUCUACAUGUAUAUACAAAAAUUAUUUAGUGCGAUGUACUAAAAAACGGGGAAUUUUUCCAUAUUCGCGAAACGCGCGGUUAAUACAGACGGUUUUAGUAGAUACUUGCAGCGAUACUUAACUAUUAAAAAAAAAAAAGGCCUUGUCGCCUUAAAGAGUUUUCCUCAUAUACUACAUAAUAUUAUAUAAUACGAAAAACUUGCAACGACAGAAUUUCAUUCGGCGGCAUGCAGUGGCGCCAGUACCCGUCUCGACUUUUAUGUAUUAUGCGACCAUCACUGAUAUACGAGUAUAAAGAGAUGAUGCUCGUUAAAAAGUAACACAUAAAAGAAACACGCAUCAUCCCCGAUCGUUAUUUUUAUUUUACGAUUGCAGCCACAUAAAACAAGAUGAAAGUCGUUCCUGUAAUAUUCCCUAAAAUGUAAUAUUAUAGUCGGUCAGUGGCUUAGCAGAGAGAAGGAGGAGCGUGGGGUCCGCGACCAUCGUAUUUAUUGAAUAUUCAAAAAUAUUUUUAUCAUAAUUUCGUAUUUUACUCUAGUAUUUUUAAGCUGUACGUUUUUAGAUUCUGAGCGUACGAGGAAUGUAUAUUGUAUUUUACUAUGUACUUGGGUUUUUUUUUUGUCAUUUUUUUGAUAUUUUUAUACCGGAAAACUUCCUAUAAUCGAAAACCCUACAAGAGAACUUUUUUAUUAUACAUUUUGUUAAAUUGGUGUGACGAGAUUCCGAGCGUAGCGAGGGAGCUAUUGGUUUUAAAAUGCUGUUUUUUCUUCUUCUUUUUCUUUGUUCUAGUCUGUGGACACGUUUUUUCCUAGUAAACUUACUCUGAUUUUUUCGUUUAACAACUUUUCAGAAAGCUUAAGUUGUUUAGAUAAUACUUUGAAGAGGACAAGUUUCUUACGGUAUUUCGCCAUAACUUUUGAGCCACUUUUGAGCAUUUAAGGAAUUUUAAUUUUUGGGAGUUUUUCUUCUGUAAUUCGAUUAUAAGUAGACGUAGAGACUUGAAACUUUGUAAUAAUACUUAUAUUGGACUUACCUAGACGUAGUGAAAUUUCCAAAAUCAUCGGACGCGUUGUAAAAUCAAAUUAAAACGAAAAUCGCAAAAAAAAAUUAUGGCACUUCAAAUUAUAUAUUACCGCUCUGCACUCGGAAUCGUCUUUCGUCAAGCAAUAGUGUAUCGUUGCUUACAGAUAUAAAUUAAAUAACUUAUAUAUCCUACCUUCCCAACUUCUCACCAACAACAAUGGCCGCUCCCAUCCCCAGUAUCAGUUCUUUUUUUAAUUUCCUCGUAUGAAGUUAUCUUCAUAGUUGUGUGAAAAAUCUCGGAAAAACGAGAAUAUUUAUUCACAAUAUUAUCUAUUUUUGUUUUUUCGUUGUAAUUGAGUUAGAAAAAAUUCAUAGGAACCUGACAUUUCCACUGAAUACUUGUAUAAUAUAAGUGAUGGAAUUUUCAAAAUAUUCUAGCCGUUUUGAGCUAUUUAUAGUUAUUUGAAAUUUUCUAGUUUUUUUUUUAGUUUUAUUUGGUUGUAAGUAGAUAACAUUUUUUUGGCUUUUUAAAAAUUCUUGAAAAUUUGAUACAAGGUUCAUAAUGAGAUGGUUCUUAUGGCACUACAAAAAUAUUGAAAAUACGUAACUACAGUGUUUUUUUUUUAUAAUGGUUUAUCGAGUUCAAAUUUUUGUGAGAAUCAUAAAAUAUCACGAAAUUUCGCGUAUUAAUUUACGAUUAUUUGAGGUAAAACUUUUUUUGAGUCUAUAAAUUCGAGGCAAAAAAAAAGUACGAUUUUCAGUUCAUAAAGGUUUUGGAAACAUGAUUAACUGACUUUCGUUCAGAACGUUUUUCGUUAAUGAUAUUUUAUUAGCGUUGCGUACAAAUAUAAAUUAAGUUAUCCUGUAUACACAUAGCUUCAAUGUUCUCAAAUGCUCACCCACAACUGUGGCCUAUCCAUGAGCAGUAUAUCUUUUACAAGGAGCCUAGCUAGUGUACGAAAUGCCCGCAGUUUUAUUUUAUUGAAAAAUCUUGCAUAUACCUUCACUGUACUCGACUCAUUAUUUAUUUUACGAUGUGUUUUUCAGAACUCGAAGAGACCGCCAUCGCUGAAGAACCGCCAACUUGCGAGUCUCCCGAACCGAUGUCCUGUUAUCUGCACCACGAUCCCGACCACCCGAUGUCGUCGUUUUCGGUCAUCAAUAAGAUGCGAGUCAACAUCCAAGUAAGGUUUUUUACUAUGGUCAAUUGUACAAUUAUUAUGUUUACUUGUUUCUCAUGACGAAUGUCUCUCAGCUGUGUGAUGUUUCUCUCCGGGUUGGUAACAGCGUGACGAAAGCCCACAGAUUAGUAUUGGCCUCGUCUAGUCCCUAUUUUUACGCAAUGUUCAACGGUUAGUAUUGAUAACUUUUUUUUUUUCUUAAUAUUUUUACGGUUUUUUUUAUGUAUAGAUGAUAUGGCUGAGAAAUUACAAUCUGAAGUCGAAUUACACGACGUGGAUUUGAGCGCCUUGCAAUUAUUAAUCGAAUAUUCGUACACUGGUCAAGUUCACAUAACCGACGAAAACGUUCAGGUAUUUGAAUGUAUUUGAAUUCUCCUGAUUUAUUAAAAAUGUAUCUAAAAUAAUAUUUAUAUCGAUAUAAUAAGAAAAUUCGCUAAAACUUGGUACACAGUAACUGCAAUUAACAACCUCCCCAAAGUACCAACUAUAUAUAGUAACAACUCGUGUGAUUCAUUUAUACCGUAUAAAACACUCAUUGUUUUGAAAACUAUUGAAUUUUUCUUUUGACAAUUUAAGUAACAAGCAACUCUAAGUUUUACUCUUCGAUUGUUUUGACAUAAGAAAAAGAAAUACAUUUUGAAAAAAAAAAGCACAAUUUAUAGUAAAGUCAUUGAUUUUAGAAUACAAUUCUCGCUUCGAUUGGAAUCUAAAGGUAUUUUUCGUUCAGAACUGCAAUUUAUUUGUGCUGCACAAAUUGUGACCGAUUUAAACAAGUACUUACGCUACCGCCGCAAAAUUAGUUUGUCAAAGACAAAUUUAUCGUGGGAAUAUUUUCGCGUCUGUUUUCGUUGUUUUGCGAUAGUUUUAUUGAACGUGCGUGUGCACGUUCCGCGUCAGGAGAAAAAAAAUCUAAAACUAUAUCAUAUACUUACAACUAUAUGUAUAUUUUCGAAAAAUCAAUAUCCCAAAAAUGAAAUUUCCACGUGAUACGUAUUAUACGUAUAACUCGUCGCCAACGUCGUAUCUCUGACGUCAAUAAAUAAACGCGAAAUUAUUCAUCACUCGCAAUAAUGUCUAUAGGUAUACGACUCGACUCGAAUUGCUAACGAAAUUAUUUUAUACAAACAAAAUAAUAGGAUUUUAUUCUCUACUCGCUGCGAGUCCCAUACGUUUUCGAAAACAAAAGGGACGAAAUAAUAUUAUAUUAUAAAAGAUGAAAAAAAUAACAUAAACAAGGGAUCACACACAUAAUACGUGCAUACAUAUCUGAAUUUUCCCUUAUAUGCUUUAGUGAGGAGCACGGAAGACGUACAAAAUGUACAUUUAUUUAUUAUAUUACGUUUUGGCGAACGGGUCGUGCGGGGAGAUUAUGGGCUUGGAAAAGAAGAGAGACGGCACACAUAAAGAAAACCGUCAAGUUUAUAACAUGAUGUAUAGGUGUAUAAUAUCGUGGAACGUAACACGCACGUGUACGGCACGUAGUCUAACCUAACUUCUAUUCCUCUCUAUCUAAUCGAAUCAUCCAUCUCCAGAGAGGCCUACGGGCGAGUUUUCUCUUUCUCCGCCGAAAACAAUAAUUUUACCUAUCCACGUAUAUAAUAUCGUACAUUUCGCUCGGCCGACCGCAUUUUUCCAUAACGAUUGCAUUCGCACGAAAAAAAUUACACUGCAGCCAACAAAUAUAGUGAUAGAUCGGAUCCGGGCUGCAAGAUAUUAUCGGCCAUCAAUCGAGUUUCGGAGGAAUACGCUAUACGGCCGGCCGUACGUCCUUUUUAAAAUUGAUAAUACCCGAUAAUAACAAUAAUCAGACGCAGCUCGCGUGAUGCACGUAUACAUUAAAACGCCCGAUUCGUUAUUUUUCGUCCGUCAGACGAAACCAUAUUUUCAGAAAUCCCGUGAAUCGGAGAAAACGAUUUGAUCGGUCGGUUCAAAAUCGUCCGGAAAAAUGUAAAUUGCAUACUAAUCAAAUUGCAGCACAUGCCUAACGAAUGUACUGGUACGGAAAAAUAUAAGUGAAUCCGAUUUCGGGAUUCUUCGAGAAAAUAAAUCCAACCGCUUUUCAAUAUUGAUAGAAACGUAUUUUCAAAAAGUAUAUUUAACGAAAAAUUAACCGAACGAAUUCGCAGCCGACAAUAUCGCAAAAAGAAACGUUACAAUUUCGAUAAUUAGGUGUUAGUUGUUUAUUUUCGUUUGCGGCUAUUGCGUUCGAAUCGCUUAAACGCCAUCCCUUAUCGAGCUAUCUGGCGGGCGGCGGGUUUUUUUUUUUUUUAAUUGUUGACAUUAUUUGACGUUUAUUAUUUUAUAGGUACACGGUGUAUAGAUAUAGAUAUACGCGCGGUAUUUUAUUUUAUGAACUUUUGUUUGCUCUUCGCGUAUACACUGCUGCAAUAACCUGUGCGGCCAUAUAGUCUCCCUCUACCCGCCUUUAUGUAUACUCGCCCACAAACCUGCGUGUAUAAACUAACAGGGUCGAAAACGUUACGUGCUCAAGUUCCGCCGUACAACACACGCACACAACACCGCAGAGUAGUCGUAAUAAUAACACGUUCAAGGACCGUCGGGGUCGAAACGAAACAAAUUUCCCCGACAACUCGAUUUUUAUCACGACAUCGUCACGAUAACCAUUUUCAUUCCACAGGUACUGUUGCCCGCGUCGUCUUUGCUCCAGAUAAAUUCCGUCCGGGACGCUUGCUGCUUGUUCCUGAUGAAACAGUUACAUGCGACCAAUUGCCUGGGAAUCAGACAGUUUGCCGGUAAGUGAUGCGCGUCUUCUUUCGCGUCGAAUAAUAAUAAUAAUCGAAAACGCCUGCUGCAGAUAUCGCGCGAGAUCGUAAGAUCGCGAAAGAUAACUUAAAUAAGUUAUAUUAACACAUCUAAUAUAAUUUAAUAUACCGAUUGAGAAUCUUUCUCGACGUAGAAAACCUAAGAGAGAAAAGGGAAAAUAUGAUGUUUGAUGUUAGAAUCGGUGGCGGAUCAAUGACAUAAAAACGGAGAGGGGGGACGCUUUGGAAUUUGCGUUUUUGACAUGCUCAAUGUUGAAUCGUGCUAAGAGUAUAUUGGAGAAUGAAUGGAGAGAGGGACGAUCGCUCCUAUCGCCCCCCCUGGAUCCGUCAUUGAUCAGAAUAGAUUGUUUUAAACAACCUUUUGGUCAAAAAUUACUAGAUUAUUUAUGUUCCAAAGUUUUUAAUUUAAUGUCUUUACAUAUAAAAAAAAAAAAAAUAUUUGAUUGGGAAUUUAUAUAAACUACAUGCAUAAAAAAAUAAUUUCAGUUAUGGUAUUCACAGUACUAUAUAGAAUAAGGAAUUACUCCUAAAUAAAAUAAAGUUCAAUUGAAUUCAAAAUAUUUUCUGUCAGUCUUUUUUAAAAGUAUAUUGUAUAUGUUUAGUGUUCAUAUGCUAUUUAUAACUCUCUACCACCAAUACAAACAUUAUGUGCUUAAAGGAGAUAGACAUUUUUAUUUUAUUGAAUACUUUUAAAUCUUAUUAAACUAUAUAUUUUUAUUCUUGUGCAAUAAUAGAAAGAUUUUCUAAAAAAAAAUUAUUUUUACGAUAUUGUAAAAAGACUGAAAUCAAAAAAAAAACUCAUUGACGACUUCCGUGUCUAACUGCACGUUUUAUAGAAAUUUACACAGAGAUUUUCUAUUCGUGUAAUAAAGGUAAAAAUUCUAAAAAUGGAUUUGGAAAUCGGCCUGGUCAUUUUUUCGACGUAUUUAUAAAACUUUUACGGUUUUUAAAUAUUAAAUUUCGUUUUAUUAAUAUUUGAUACAUAGCCGAAAAAUCAAUAACUCGCCGGCAUUUUCUGUUCCGUGCCUAUAUUUAUUAUAGACGACCGACGACCUAAAUAGGUCCCUAAAAAGGUCGGCAAUAAAAUUAUUAUCGAAUAUUAUUUUACCGGCCGAUCGCGUUCGGUUUUAUCGUCCGCUUUUCAUUUCAAAGCCCGGUCACUCGUUUUCAUUAGAAAACUAUGUAAUAUUUACUUUACAGUCACAGUUCACGCUACGUACGACCCCGUGGGCGCGUCGCUAAACAGUAUUUUCCCCGGGGCUGCCCAUUAAGCCCAAUAAACAUAGUAUUAUUUAAUAAUCUGUUGUAAGGUCAUCUAAACGAUUCGUCAUAAAUUUAUAACCGAAAUUUCAGCCGAUAAAAAAAAUCUUAUAACAUUCAAUUGAUUUUAAUUUUUAAAAUACGAAAUCAGUUGCGUAACAAGGGGGAGGGUGAUUUUGGUGUUCAAACACACACUUUUGAAUAUAUUUAUGCCAACAAUUAUAAUUUUUUCUAUAUGCAGUUAUGUAUCAAAUUUCUAUUCUAGAAGAUAUAGUAUUGUGUAAUGCAUAGAUAAUUAAUUAAGUAUAUGUUAUAUACGCACAAUAAAGUUACAAAAUCCUAGCUAUGCCACCGUACGAAAUAAUAUUAUUUAAAACGUUUUAUUGGGCCUGAUUUUAGGAUUCGAUUAGUGCAGUACUAUAGAAAUAAAAUAAUUAAAAUCUCCCCUGCCAUUACGUAGCCCUGGGCAAGUGCCAAUUUCGCUUAUACAUUAAUCCUGGCCCGUAACGUCCAAAUUUUUUCGGUGCAGUUCUCUGAAAAUGGAUUGGCUGCUAUAAUAGCCAAAAUAGGACGAACUUACAAACCAGGAGAUGUAAAUUAAUUCCGAUUGCAUACAUAUAGAGACAGCCGCGUCAGGAUUUAAAUGCAUUUUUUUUUAUUUUUAUAUUCCAAAAUUAUGUUUUCCGAGUUCACAAUAAUUCGACAUAACCUAACCUAAUAUUAUAAUAUUAUGUACUUGCAGAUACUUCAAAAGUGAAACUUUUUAUUUCGCAUUUUUGCCGUUUUUCCAUUUUAAGUCGGUUUUCAGUAACAUUGUUGCGGUUGUAAAGUAUUUUUUUUUAAUAGUAGGUUUUAUUAAAUAUUUCCUAAGUCCCAUAUAUUAUUUUUAGCAAAUUUAACCGUAGAAAUUAUUUUUUGUUGCGCGAUCAUAUUAUAAUUAAAAGAAAUAAUAUGAUGCGGUUACAACUUUAAGAUCAAAUAUUUUUUGAUCGGUUCCCCGCGGUUUUUUAUUAAUUAUAAAAGUAUUGUCUGCCUGAAUUAAUAUUAUUAUGACUAAAUAACCCGAAUGGGACUGGAUUAACCAUUAAGCACUAUAGACAUUGCCCGGAGCACCAAACUGUUCAAAGACACCAAAUAUUUCUGUCCACUAUCUCAAUCAAAGCAUACAUUUUUUUUUAAACAUUUGUUUAUGAAUGUUUGGAAGAUUAUCUAACUAUAGAGCAUUGUAGAUAAUACGUUUUUAAACUUUAAAUUUUUUUUUGGAAUAUCCGAGUAUUCCAUUUACAAAGUUGAUGUAACUUGAAAUAUAGAAAAGAAACGUAUGAUUUUAAUUUGUAUUUAAUUUUUUGUACGAAUCAACGAUAUUACAUUUUUUUCGUCACAUAAGAAAAAAAGGAAAAACGGGAGUAGAUUUUCCAUGAAAAUUUAACGUACUGGGAUGCCUAUACAAAGCAUUGCCUUUAUGCGCAUUUUCCUCGAACUCUGUACACGAAUACGUGUUUUUUACCAUACAAUUAUAAUAAUAAUAUGACUAAAUAAACAGACACAUCAGUAAAAAUACUUGUUUUCUCAAUUACUGCGGAUGUGCCUCGAACUUGGAACAAACGGUACAACAACAACUAUUUUAUUAUUGAAUUUUGAAUUUUUUUACAAGUUAUGUAUUUUAUUUUAUUAUUCUAGGCAAUAACCACGAUUAAAAAUAAAAACGACUUUAAUGAAAUCGUUUGUUUUUCCCAUGGUUUAUCACGCCUCAUUUUAUGUGCUGCAAAACAAUUUUGAUUUCAUACGUGUUUAUUUAUAAAUGAAGACUUUAUUAUUAUGAUACGUUUUCCGUUUCAGAGACACACUCAUGCAACGAGUUGAGGAAUCGUUCGCAUCGGUAUGCACUGCAGAACUUUGAGGAGGUGAUGAAGACCGAAGAAUUUCUUUUUCUUACUUACUCCGAGGUAUAUAUAAUAUUAACAUACUAUUAUAAUUAUAGAGUACGGAUUUUGAAGGCGUUUGUUUUUUCCGAAUUGGUCCGAUAUGAAGCUCAUUCUAUACAAAAUUUGUUUCAUACUAUUUAUUGGAUUAAUAUUCAAAAUUUGUCAUUCGCUUUUUAAGAUUUUUUUUUACUACCAUAUUGUGGUUUUUUUAAAAAUACUUUUUUCAUUAUUAAUGUUUGAGUUUUAUAUCAACGGGCACGGGUCAAAUAGGUUUUAUCUCGUAAUAUUAACAGUACGAUAAACCUAUAUUUUUUUUUUUUUAUAUUUCUUAUUGGGGAUUUUUUUUUUUUUAGUAAUACUUCGAAAUCCGUUCACUAAAAAAUAAUAUAGAAAUGCCGCUGUUGCUCUGAAAUAUACUUUAUACGUGUAUAUUAAAUAACGGUAGAAAAAGAAAGAAAGAAAAAAACAACGAAAAAACUGAAAGUCCAUUAGGGGUGGGACAGGGGAGAAGGGAGGGGAGUCGUGCAAGAGGUCGUCGACGCGGCGGCGGUCUCUAAAUGUAUAGAACGGUAACGUCACGGGCGGUCGUUCCAGACAGACGGGCCGGCGCGACGCGGUGACCGAAACUUUCCCUGUCGGCGACGGGUCGGGGGAGGGGGAGUUUACGGCGCCAUAGAACUAAAUGGGAAUUUUCACCCCGAACGCCGUAGGUAUAAAUCCCGUCGCGACAAGACCCUCUACAUGCAGGAUAUUCGUAUACGUUACAUUGCGCGACCGAAGAGUGUAAUGUAUUACAUUAUUAUGUAUAAUACGUGCGUCGUUAUGUUAAUAUCCGGCACUGGUGUCUUUGGGCUCGCGAAAAAAUGGGAAACACAAAACAAUACAUUGGUGACGAGACGUGAAAUUCGGACUAUCCGAUAACGCGGAUUUCGGAUUUGAAAUACCGAAAAUGCGGUAUUCGGGCUUUGAAAUUCGAGUUUUUUUUUUUCUUUUUUUAUCAUUGUAAAUGUUUGGUUUUUCAAUAUUUUUAUUCGUAUUAAAUAAAUUUAUAUUUUUCAUUAGCUUUUGUGUUGUACAUAAAAAAAAAAUGCCUAAUCGAAUACAAAAUCCGGAUUUUUCCCGCCAAUAAAAUGUAUACACUUGUACAUAGACUAUUUUUUUUUUUGACGAGUAUUAAAUAAACAAGUUAUAAACACAAUACACCUAUAUAUCAAUUUUUUAUUUUUAAAUAGUAAUAUUAUAAAAUUCACGUUAGGGUUACCUACUCUUCCGACAUAAAUUUCAAACACUGGACCGCUAUAGGUCUAUGAAGUUAGCGAACGGAUGACACUGAGCACUAAUUUUCUUUUCAGUAUUUAUUGUUGAAUUAGUGUUGGCGAACGGUACCACUCAAUAAAUGAGUGUUCUAUUUUCCAACGAGAUAUUGGAUUUUCCGUACAUUUUCACAUCAAACGCAGUGCCCGCAUUUAAUAUUUUAUACAUAAUAUAUUAUUUAUGUUCGGAUAUUUUUAAGUUGAUCGAUUUUCAUUUUCCCUACAAAUUUCCUAUACGCAACUCCUUAUGAUUAUUGAACGUGUGACAUGAACAUGAUACAAACUUAAUACAAUUUAUAUGCAAAUAAUCGACGUGUCCUGUUUAAUUCCCCGCGGGCCUUUGCAUCAAACAUUAAACUCGUAUUAGUGAACAGACCGUGCGCUUGGAAAAUUGAUUAAAAACUACCGCGUGCGCUGAGGAAAGAAACGACGUACUAAAUCGAAUCCCGGAAUAUAAAAAGAUUAACCGCUGGAUAUUGAUGGAUUUUCUCAGUAGAAAGCUAAUAAAUAACUAUCGACCGGCGACCUACAUAAAUAAUAAAUUAUAGUGUCUCGUUAUAUUAUUUUAUAUAAAUUGUUCAGGCAUCUUGGUAGAAUUUCGUAUUGUGUAUUUUUUCAAAAAUGUACAAUUCGUGUUGGUUUUUGGCAGGUCGAAGACUUGAUAUCCAAUGACAAACUCAAUGUGGUGUCCGAAGAGCAAGUUUUCGUGGCUGUCGUGGAUUGGAUCAAACACAAUCAAUCCGAACGAUCGCAGUACAUCGCCAAGGUAUAAUAAUAGAGUCCAUUUCCCGAGUGUCUAAUGCAUAAUAGAUCCCCUAAUUCCUCCAAAAAAAAAAACUUAACUUACCCUUGUAUAUUUUUUUUUAUGUUUAUGAUCACUUUUUUUUGUCUGUGAAAAUCCUCAGAAAUUAUACGUACAUUAAAAGAUACGGAUUUCCCGUUCGGUGGUACAUUAUUCGAAACAUAUUUCUAGAUUCCCGAAAGUUUUUAUGAACCAUUUGAAAAACUGACAACAUCUUUCUAAACCGAAUGCUUUUACCUCGAAUCUUCUUUAGUGUCUAAACUAAUAGUUCCCAACUUCUGUUAUUUUACGCCCCCUUUUGUAGCAUUUUAAACGUCUCUCGCCUCCCUUCCCUUUUUCAUAAACAUGACAAAAGUUCAUCAAGGUGUCGAUAAGCAAACAAAUCUUAUCAAAAAUGUCAACUGCCUCCUAUCGCCUCUACCCAAUCGAUACCCGAUUCCCGGUUAUUAUUGUAUUUUUAUAUUUUCCCUGCAUUGUAAAAUACAAAUAAUAUAAUGAAUACGAAUUUUAUUUCGUGAUGAUUACUUGCGCCUGCUCAGCAAUGCGUACACGCUCCCACUCCUAUUGCGAAAAGCUGGUCAUCUAAACUAAACUGUUGUAACAUACACGCCAUCGUAAGAGCUGCAGUCUCUACCUAUAUUAUAUUAUUGUAUUAUUUCGUUGUUCGUUUCAGCUUUUAGGUCACGUGCGACUGGCCCAGAUGUCGAAAAUGUUCCUGUUGAACGUGGUCGAAACGGAACCGCUGGUGCGCAGUGAACCCAGCUGCAAGGACUUGCUGUUGGGCGCCAUGAAGUACCAUCUGUUGCCGGACCAAAGAUCCGAUUUCGCGAGCAAACAGACCGAACAACGGAGGCCGGACGGCUUGAUGCCGUACAUCUUCGCUAUCGGUGACUGACGACAUUAAAUCAAUUUUUAUUGUUUUACCGUGUAAUAUCGAUAAUAAUACGUAAAUCGCGGUGUUCACUUCAGGAGGCGGCAGCUUGUUUACCAUACACAGCGCCGGCGAGUGUUACAACCCGAGGCACGACCGUUGGCUGCCGAUCGCGCCCAUGUCAAAGUGCAGGAGUCGCGCGGGCAUCGUGUCGCUGGGCAAGCUGAUCUACGCCAUCGGAGGGUAAGCAGCUCUGUCGAUUCGUUCUAUUUGUUUCGGGAUAGUGGAUCGGAAAAACUUGACUCGUCUGUGCACUGCCGUCCGGUUCUGUAAACUCGAGUUUUUUUUCUGGGGGGGGGGGAUAAUCAUAAGAGCUCCGAGGAACCACUGAAUUUACACUAAUGUUUUCCCGUGUAUAUACGCGUAUAUUAUAGGUACGACGGCAUAGUGGACCUGUCCUCAGCCGAGUGUUACGACCCGAACUACAACCGGUGGUCGGCUGUCACGUCACUGGGAACGAAGCGGAGCUGCCUGGGCAUAAGCGCCAGCCACGGGCUGCUGUACGUGUGCGGCGGUUUUGACGGGGCAUCGUGCCUGAGCAGCGUGGAACGGUACGACCCGCUCACCGGCGUCUGGUCUUCCUGUCCCAGCAUGACCACCCGCCGGCGGUACUGCCGCGUCUCCGUUGUCGGUAAGUCGGCCGAACCUAAAUACGCCCGUCCUUCUCUAGUAAAAAGGAUCUAGUUUACAAAAACACUUCAGCGAGGUCCGCAGCCCGUCGUGCCGUGUGAAAUCGAAUUUGUUAGAUUGCAUUAGUUUUCCGCGUUACGGUUCUAUAGCUUUCUGUGAUAAUAGUAUACAUUAAAUAACUGAUAAGAUGAUGUAUAUCCGACACCGUUUGCACGGUUAACGCGCGACCGAACCUUACUUGACCUCAUCUCGCCGUGAAUAUAAUUCUAUUCUUUGUGGUAUCCGUAUCAGAAAAGAGCGUUUCACACGAUACGACGACUUGAGGAACCCCUUUUUUUUUUUUUUUAAUUCAAAUGGGGCUUGCCCGUGUGUUCAUCGCAUUUGUCGUCACUGCCGUCACCUAUUAUACGCAUUGUUUUUGACGGUGUCUCGCAGACAAUUGCCUGUACGCAUUAGGCGGCUUCGACUCGACGAACUACCAGUCGACAGUAGAAAGGUACGACCCGAGGAUGAGCAAGUGGACGACGGUGCCGGCCAUGAGCAGCAGGCGCAGCAGCUGCGCGGUGGCCACGCUGGACGACAUGCUGUACUGCGUGGGCGGCAACGACGGAACCAUGUGCAUGUCCAGCGGCGAACGGCUGAACGUCCGGCGAAACGCCUGGGAACCCAUCGCCACCAUGCAGUGUCGCAGGUAACGCGGGAGAGAAACUCGGUUCUAAACGAAUCUUGUGCUCUCGGAUUUUGUGAUCAUUUUAUUUAUUUUUUUUUCAAAUUUCGCGUUUACCGAUUUUUUUUCCGUCGACAAUCACAAAUCUCAAUACUUUGCAGGGCCACUCACGACAUGGUAGAGCUGGACGGCGGUCUGCUGGUGCUGGGCGGCAACGACAGCAACUCGAGCUUGCACUCGACCGAGCGGUACGACCCGCGGAUCAACCGGUGGACGAUGUCGACGCCGAUGCCGACGCGCCGGAGUUCGGUGGGCGCCGCGCUGCUGUACUGUUUCAAUAUGGACACCAAGCUGACGAACGCCGACGGCGGCAUGACGGCCAUGGCAGUGGCCGCCGGUAACGUCCAGUCCGCCGUGCUCGGUGGCGUCGGCCAGUGCGGCAGCAGCGGCGUCACGGUCGUCACGUCCGGAACGUCGUCUGUCACGCAUUCGCCGUUCAAAUCGACCGCCACGUCCGUAUGA